UGGCAUGGUGCCUGCCUGCCUGCCCGGGCCCUUCCCUCAGCCCUGCACCAGAACAGCUAGCUCAGUGUUCCAGGCAGACAGGCUCCUGUGGAAUGCAGGUGUUGACGAUGUAACCAGUUCUGUCUCUGUCUCGGUCUCUGAGCCCAGGCAGGAUGAGAGCCUCUCUCUCAGGACCCCGUUAAGCAGGCUAGGCCAGAGAGAUUUGGUUGUAUAUAGGCAGAUUGCUUACCAUUUUGCCAGCUAGCAAUCUGCAGCACCACAUGUCAAAUUGGUGUUAGAAAUAGUAAAUUAGAUUUUACCUACACUAUGCAUCGCAAAUAAAGAGGUUCUCAUUAGCUGGACCUAGUAUGGUUAUUUCUGGACUUUUUAUCUUUAUCCAAUUGUGUCUUAAUCCAAUGUUAUGUGUUUUGCCCAGUCUCAUCCGGCACUUUACUCUAGCAUCAGCAUGUGGCCUAGCAUAGCAUAUUGGCUUUUCCAGCCUGUGUGUGUGUGUGUGUGUGUGUGUGUGUGUGUGUGUGUCCCAGGGCUCUGGGAGAGUGUGAGUCUGCUGCGGUCUGAGAGGACGCUGAGGACACGAAGUCUGGAGGCAGAGCAGUGAGCAUUGUGUGUGAACAUGCUAUGUGCUAGCCUGUGUGCGUGAUGGCUGACAAGUCAACACAACAGGGGUGAGAGGGAAGUCCGGGCAGAAGCAUGUGGCUGUGCCCACAGGGUUAAAUGUGCAUUAAGAAUGAGUUAACAGUCAUGGCAGGCCCUCUCAUGGAGUCAUAUAUAUAUAUAUAUAUAUAUAUAUAUAUAUAUAUAUAUAAUGGAAAACAAAAUCAUUUUACAAAAGGCUCUAGAAAAGAAGUGAAAAUAAGUGAGCCUAUUUUAUUAAUUAAUUUAUACAGUACCAGUCAAAGGUUUGGACACCUACUCAUUCAAGGGUUUUUCUUAAUUUUUACUAUUUUCUACAUUGUAGAAUAAUAGUGAAGACAUCAAAACUAUGAAAUAACACAUAUGGAAUCAUGUAGUAACCACAAAAGUGUUAAACAAAUCAAAAUAUAUUUUAGAUUCUUCAAAGUAGCCACCCUUUGCCUUGAUGACCGCUUUGUGCAUUCUCUCAACCAGCUUCACCUGGAAUGCUUUUCCAACAGUCUUGAAGGAGUUCCCACAUAUGCCCAGCACUUGUUGGCUGCUUUUCCUUCACUCUGUGGUCCAACUCAUCCCAAACCAUCUCAAUUGGGUUGAGGUCAGGUGAUUGUGGAGGCUAGGUCAUCUGAUGCAGCACUCCAUCACUCUCCUUCUUGGUCAAAUAGCCCUUACACCGCUUGGAGGUGUGUUGGGUCAUUGUCCUGUUGAAAAACAAAUGAUAGUCACACUAAGCCCAAACCAGAUGGGAUGGUGUAUCGCUGCAGAAUGCUGUGGUAGCCAUGCUGGUUAAGUGUGCCUUGAAUUCUAAAUAAGUCACCGACAGUGUCACCAGCAAAGCACCAUCACACCUCUUCCUCCGUGCUUCACGGUGGGAACCACACAUGCGGAGAUCAUCCGUUUACCUACUCUGCGUCUCACAAAGACACGGCGGUUGGAACCAAAAAUCUCAAAUUUGGACUCAUCAGACAAAAGGACAGAUUUCCACUGGUCUAAUGUCCAUUGCCCAAGCAAGUCUCUUCUUAUUUUUGGUGUCCUUAAGUAGUGGUUCCUUUGCAGCAAUUUGACCAUGAAGGCCUGAUUCACGCAGUCUCCUCUCAACAGUUGAUGUUGAGAUGUGUCUGUUACUUGAACUCUGAAGCAUUUAUUUGGGCUGCAAUUUCUGAGGCUGGUAACUAAUGAACUUAUCCUCUGCAGCAGAGGUAACUCUGGGUCUUCCAUUCCUGUGGCGGUCCUCAUGAGAGCCAGUUUCAUCAUAGCACUUGAUGGUUUUUGCGACUGCACUUCAAGAAACUUUCAAAGUUUUUCUGGAUUGACUGACCUUCAUGUCUUAUGAUGGACUGUCGUUUCUCUUUGCUUACUUGAGCUGUUCUUGCUAUAAUAUGGACUUGGUCUUUUACCAAAUAGGGCUAUCUUCUGUAUACCAACCCUACCUUGUCACAACACAACUGAUUGGCUCAAAAGCAUUAAGAAGGAAAGAAAUUCCACGAAUUUUAACAAGGCACACCUGUUAAUUGAAAUGCAUUGCAGGUGACUACCUCAUGAAGCUGGUUGAGAGAAUUGCCAAGAGUGUGCAAAGCUGUCAUCAAGGCAAAGGGUGGCUACAUUGAAGAAUCUCACAUUUUAAGAUUUGUUUAACACUUUUUUUGGUUACUACAUGAACCCAUAUGUGUUAUUUCAUAGUAUUGAUGUCUUCACUAUUAUUCUACAAUGUAAAAAUAAAGAGAAACACUUGAAUGAGUAGGUGUCCAAACUUUUGACUGACGUGUGUGUGUGUGUGUGUGUGUGUGUGUGUGUACAGUUGAAGUCGGAAGUUUACAUACAUACAGUGGGGAGAACAAGUAUUUGAUACACUGCCAAUUUUGCAGGUUUUCCUACUUACAAGCAUGUAGAGGUCUGUAAUUUUUAUCAUAGGUACACUUCAACUGUGAGAUACGGAAUCUAAAACAAAAAUCCAGAAAAUCACAUUGUAUGAUUUUUAAGUAAUUAAUUUGCAUUUUAUUGCAUGACAUAAGUAUUUGAUCACCUACCAACCAGUAAGAAUUCUGGGCUCUCACAGACCUGUUAGUUUUUCUUUAAGAAGCCCUCCUGUUCUCCACUCAUUACCUGUAUUAACUGCACCUGUUUGAACUCGUUACCUGUAUAAAAGACACCUGUCCACACACUCAAUCAAACAGACUCCAACCUCUCCACAAUGGCCAAGACCAGAGAGCUGUGUAAGGACAUCAGGGAUAAAAUUGUAGACCUGCACAAGGCUGGGAUGGGCUACAGGACAAUAGGCAAGCAGCUUGGUGAGAAGGCAACAACUGUUGGCGCAAUUAUUAGAAAAUGGUAGAAGUUCAAGAUGAUGGUCAAUCACCCUCGGUCUGGGGCUCCAUGCAAGAUCUCACCUUGUGGGGCAUCAAUGAUCAUGAGGAAGGUGAGGGAUCAGCCCAGAACUACACGGCAGGACCUGGUCAAUGACCUGAAGAGAGCUGGGACCACAGUCUCAAAGAAAACCUUUAGUAACACACUACGCCGUCAUGGAUAAAAAUCCUGCAGCGCACGCAAGGUCCCCCUGUUCAAGCCAGUACAUGUCCAGUCCUGUCUGAAGUUUGCCAAUGACCAUCUGGAUGAUCCAGAGGAGGAAUGGGAGAAGAUCAUGUGGUCUGAUGAGACAAAAAUAUAGCUUUUUGGUCUAAACUCCACUCGCCAUGUUUGGAGGAAGAAGGAUGAGUACAACCCCUAGAACACCAUCCCAACCGUGAAGCAUGGAGGUGGAAACAUCAUUCUUUGGGGAUGCUUUUCUGCAAAGGGGACAGGACGACUGCACCGUAUUGAGGGGAGGAUGGAUGGGGCCAUGUAUCGUGAGAUCUUGGCCAACAACCUCCUUCCCUCAGUAAGAGCAUUGAAGAUGGGUCGUGGCUGGGUCUUCCAGCAUGACAACGACCCGAAACACACAGCCAGGGCAACUAAGGAGUGGCUCCAUAAGAAGCAUCUCAAGGUCCUGGAGUGGCCUAGCCAGUCUCCAGACCUGAACCCAAUAGAAAGUAUUUGGAGGGAGUUGAAAGUCCGUAUUGCCCAGCGACAGCCCCGAAACCUGAAGGAUCUGGAGAAGGUCUGUAUGGAGGAGUGGGCCAAAAUCCCUGCUGCAGUGUGUGCAAACCUGGUCAAGACCUACAGGAAACAUAUGAUCUCUGUAAUUGCAAACAAAGGUAUCUGUACCAAAUAUUAAGUUCUGCUUUUCUGAUGUAUCAAAUACUUAUGUCAUGCAAUAAAAUGCAAAUUAAUUACUUAAAAAUCAUACAAUGUGAUUUUCUGGAUUUUUGUUUUAGAUUCUGUCUCUCACAGUUGAAGUGUACCUAUGAUAAAAAUUACAGACCUCUACAUGCUUUGUAAGUAGGAAAACCUGCAAAAUUGGCAGUGUAUCAAAUACUUGUUCUCCCCACUGUACACCUUAGCCAAAUACAUUUAAACUCAGUUUUUCACAAUUCCUGACAUUUAAUCCUAGUAAAAAUUCCCUGUCUUAGGUCAGUUGGGAUCACCACUUUAUUUUAAGAAUGUGAAAUGUCAGAAUAAUAGUAGAGAAUGAUUUAUUUUAGCUUUUAUUUCUUUCAUCACAUUCCCAGUGGGUCAGAAGUUUACAUACACUCAAUUAGUAUUUGGUAGCAUUGCCUUUAAAUUGUUUAACUUGGGUCAAACGUUUCGGGUAGCUUCCCACAAAAAGUUGGGUAAAAUUUGUCCCAUUCCUCCUGACAGAGCUGGUGUAACUGAGUUAGGUUUGUAGGCCUCCUUGCUCGCACACGCUUUUUCAGUUCUGCCCACAAAUUUUCUAUAGGAUUGACGUCAGGGCUUUGUGAUGGCCACUCCAAUACCUUGACUUUGUUGUCCUUAGGCCAUUUUGCCACUACUUUGGAAGUAUGCUUUGGGUCAUUGUCCAUUUGGAAGACCCAUUUGCGACCAAGCUUUAACUUCCUGACUGAUGUCUUGAGAUGUUGCUUCAAUAUAUCCACAUAAUUUUCCUUCCUCAUGAUGCCAUCUAUUUUGUGAAGUGCACCAGUCCCUCCUGCAGCAAAGCACCCCCACAGCAUGAUGCUGCCACCCCUGUGCUUCACGGUUGGGAUGGUGUUCUUCGGCUUGCAAGCGACCCACUUUUUCCUCCAAACAUAAUGAUGGUCAUUAUGGCCAAACAGUUCUAUUUUUAUUUCAUCAGACCAGAGGACAUUUCUGCGUGGUCCCAUGGUGUUUAUACUUGCGUGCUAUUGUUUGUACAGAUGAACGUGGUACCUUCAGGCAUUUGGAAAUUGCUCCCAAGGAUGAACCAGACUUGUGGAGGUCUACAAAUUUUUUUUUCUGAGGUCUUGGUGAUUUGUCUUUUGAUUUUCCCAUGAUGUCAAGCAAAGAGGCACUGAGUUUGAAGGUAGGCCUUGAAAUACAUUCACAGGUACACCUCCAAUUGACUCAAAUGAUGUCAAUGCUCCAGAUACUCAACUAGUCUCAAGAAGGCCAGUUUUAUUGCUUCUUUAAUAAGCACAACAGUUUUCAGCUGUGCUAACAUAAUUGCGAAAGGUUUUUCUAAUGAUCAAUUAGCCUUUUUAAAAUGAUAAACUUGGAUUAGCCAACACAAUGUGCCAUUGGCACACAGGACUGAUGGUUGCUGAUAAUGGUCCUCUGUAUGCCUAUGAAGAUAUAUCCAUUAAAAAUCAGCCGUUUCCAGCUACAAUAGCCAUUUACAACAUUAACAAUGUCUACACUGUAUUUCUGAUCAAUUUGAUGUUAUUUUAAUGGACAAAAAAAUUGCUUUUCUUUCGAAAACAAGGACAUUUCUUAGUGACCCCAAACUUUUGAACGGUAGUUUGUACACACACACAGUGCAUUCGGUAAGUAUUAAGAACGCUUGACUUUUUCCACAUUUUGUUGGGUUACAGCCUUAUUCUAAAAUGGAUUUAAAAAAAUUUAACACAAUACCCCAUAAUGACAAAGUAAAAAAUGGUUUUUAGAAAAUUUUGCAAAUGUAUAAAAAAAAAAAAAAAACUUCAAUAUCACAUUUACAUUAGUAUUCAGACCCUUUACUCAGUACUUUGUUGAAGCACCUUUGUCAGCAAUUACAGCCUCGAGUCUUAUAAUAAUAAUAUGCCAUUUAGCAGACUGUUUUAUCCAAAGUGACUUACAGUCAUGUGUGCAUACAUUUUUACGUAUGGGUGGUCCCGGGGAUCGAACCCACUACCCUGGCGUUACAAGCGCCAUGCUCUACCAAUUGAGCUACAGAGGACCACUUCUUGGGUAUGACGCUACAAGCUUGGCACACCUGUUUUUGGGAGUUUCUCCCGUUCUUCUCUGCCGAUCCUCUCAAACUCUGUCAGGUUAGAUGGGGAGCGUCGCUCUGUACUUUGCUCAGUUAAUCUUUCCCUCGAUCCUGACUAAUCUUCCACUGCCUGCCCCUGAAAACAUCCCCACAGCGUGAUGAAGCCACAAACAUGCUUCACUGUAGGGAUGGUGCCAGGUUUCCUCCAGACGUGACUCUUGGCUUUCAGCCAAAAGAGUUCAGUCUUGGUUUCAUCAGACCAGAGAAUCUUGUUUCUCAUGGUCAGAGUUCUUUUUAUGUGCCUUUUGGUAAACUCCAAGCGGGCUGUCAUGUGCCUUUUACUGAGGAGUGGCUUCCGUCUGGCCACUCUACCAUAAUGGCCUGAUUUUGGUAGAGUGCUGAAGAGAUGGUUGUGCUUCUGGAAGGUUCUCCCAUCUCCACAGAGGAACUCUGAAGCUCUGUCAGAUUGAUCAUUGGGUUUUUGGCCACCUCCCUGACCAAGGCCCUUCUCCCCCGAUUUGCUCAGUUUGGCCGGGCGGCCAGCUCUAGGAAGAGUCUUGGUGGUUCCAAACUUCUUCCAUUUAAGAAUGAUGGAGGCCACUGUGUUCUUGGGGAAUUUUUGUUACCCUCUAAACAAUCCUGUCUCUGAGCUCUACAGACAAUUCCUUCGACCUCAUGGCUUGGUUUUUGCUCUGACAUGCACUGUCAAUGAUCAAUGAAAACCGGAUGCACCUGACCUCAAUUUCGAGUCUCAUAGCAAAGAUUCUGAAUACUUAUGUAAAUAACUUUUUUCAGUUUUUUAAAUUUUUUAUAAAUUUGCAAAAAUGUCUAAACCUGUUUUUGCUUUGUCAGAAUGGGGUAUUUUGUGUAGAUUGAGGGUGACUUCAUUGAUUUUAGAAUAUGGCUGUAACGUAACAAAGUGGAAAACGGGAAGGGGUCUGAAUACUUUCCGAAUGCACUGUAUAUAUGUGUAAUAUUGUUAUUUUAUUUAUUUCACCUUUAUUUAACCAGGUAAGCCAGUUGAGAACAAGUUCUCAUUUACAACUGCGACCUGGCCAAGAUAAAGCAAAGCAGUGCGAUUAAAAAGAACACAGAGUUACAUAUGGGGUAAACAAAAUAUAAAGUCAAAAAUACAAACAGAAAAUAUAUAUACAGUGUGUGCGAAUGUAGUAAGUUAUGGAGGUAAGGCAAUAAAUAGGCCAUAGUGCAAAAUAGUUACAAUUUCGUAUUAACACUGGAAUGAUAGAUGUGCAAAUAGAUACUGGGGUGCAUAUUAGCAAAAUAAAUAAAUAUGGGGAUGAGGUAGUUGAGUGGGCUAAUUUCAGAAUGGCUGUGUACAAGUUCAGUGAUCGGUAAGCUGCUCUGACAACUGACGCUUAAAGUUAGUGAGGGAGAUAAGUGUCUCCAGCUUCAGAGAUUUUUGCAGUUCGUUCCAGUCAUUGGCAGCAGAGAACUGGAAGGAAUGGCGGCUAAAGGAGGUGUUUGCUUUGGGGAUGACCAGUGAGAUAUACCUGCUGGAGCGCAGACUACGGGUGGGUGUUGCUAUGGUGACCAGUGAGCUAAGGUAAGACUGGGAUUUGCCAGUGAUUUAUAGAUGACCUGGAGCCAGUGGGUUUGGCGACGAAUAUGUAGUGAGGGCCAGCCAACAAGAGCGUACAGGUCACAGUGGUGGGUAGUAUAUGGGGCUUUGGUGACAAAACGGAUGGCACUGUGAUAGACUACAUCCAAUUUGCUGAGUUGAGUGUUGGAAGCUAUUUUGUAAAUGACAUCGCUGAAGUCAAGGAUCGGUAGGAUAGCCAGUUUUACGAGGGCAUGUUUGGCAGCAUGAGUGAAGGAGGCUUUGUUGCGAAAUAGGAAGCCGAUUCUAGAUUUCACUUUGGAUUGGAGAUGCUUAAUGUGAGUCUGGAAGGAGAGUUUACAGUCUAACCAGACACCUAGGUAUUUGUAGUUGUCCACAUACUCUAGGUCAGACCUGCCGAGAGUAGUGAUUCUAGUCGGGUGGGCGGGUGCAAGCAGCGUUCGGUUGAAGAGCAUGCAUUUAGUUUUACUAGCGUUUAAGAGCAGUUGGAGGCUACGGAAGGAGUGUUGUAUGGCGUUGAAGCUCGUUUGGAGGUUUGUUAACACAGUGUCCAAUGAAGGGCCAGAUGUAUACAAUGAUGCAUCAUUGUGGAGUGUUUAGAAAGGCUUUUUAAAUGCAUACAAGUCUCCUGACAUUACAGUGAAAUUUAAAGUCAUUUCUAUUAAAGAAAGCGAAUCAAAACCACAUUUUAAAAAGUACUUCCCUGUCAGAGCAAAUAGAUGUGAUUGUGAUGCGGCUUGAGCUGUUUUGAGAAGUAGAGCUCACAGAGCAUUGGGAGACAAGACUGUCAGCACAGUCAACCCUAGACCCUUGCUCUCUGCAUGUGCCAAAGAGACUGGGGAGAGGUCGUCUACCGCUCAGUUUAAGAUUGUGGAAAGAGUGGUAUUUUAUUUUCAUUCCUUCUCAAAAUCAAAACAACCCAGGCCUUUGUUUGAUCUGUGGUUGUCAUACUCUCUAAGGCUGUGUGAAGUUAGUAGGUGUACAGCAUGCACAAUGUCUCUAUGGCAACAACACUGUUGUCAAGCUGUCUGUUGUUGACAUAGUAGUAUGGAUGAGAAAAACAAAAUAUAGCACUGACGGUAACACUGCCGUCUAGUUGAGGGUGUCAGCACUUAGUAAGCAACAGGGUAUGGGGGGGGGAAAAUGCAUUUUGAGCCAUAGUCGCACACUGCCAACCAAAACCUAGAGGGAUUUCAAUCAGACACAGCUGAUGAAAGAUGCAUCGUGUCCCUGCCUCCACUUUUUGGGGAUUUGAAAGGAAUAAUCAGAGUCCCAUUUAAAGCGCCACAAUCUCAUGAAUAUUUACGCUGUGUCAUUUGAGCGCUGCCUAAACCCCGGCUCGUUUGUGUAAUGGCACAUUUAGGAGGUUUACCAAGGUGUGGAAACUGGACCGGGGCCUACGACGGCAUUCUUUACCACCACCCUUUUCCUUCUCUCCUCCUCUCCUCCCUCUUGUCUCGAGAAUAGAGAAAACAGCACCAUGACUGUACUGCAAAGGGAUGGCGACGUGCCCAGUAGGCAUGAGACUGAUUGUGUCCUAGUUACCCGUGCAUGACGUCUGUCUGUCUGUCCGUGGGCCUGUGACUGCCUCCCUCCCAAACAGCACAACACUGUAUAGCCUAGUCUACCCUUCCAUCAAAGCUACAACUCUACAUCUGGAGGGUGGUCUGUCUGUCCAGCCAUGGAGUAAAUAGACCUUUACUGUCACACUUUAACUAAGCAUCCAGUUCAGUUCCCCCACAGCAUUAAAGGAAGAAAUCCACCCAAAACCACUCAUUCCUUUAAUUUACAGUUUUAAAUAACACUAUGUGAGAACAAUAUUUUUUGUAAACAUAUGUUUCAUUUUGGCGUUUUUAUAAUAGGGUUGGUAGCAAAAUGGAAAAUCUGUUGCAGCUCAAGUCAGCUCAAAUCAGCAUGUAACAUAGCUAAUUAGCUAUAAAAUCGCAUAAACAUUCUCACCAUGUUCAACCUGCAGAUCGAUGUGCCUCAGAGUGGAGUCUAACAUUUGCAACGGCAGAUAUCCUUUUGAGGAGAUGGGGAAACAUUGCCCAUGCUACGUCAAUGGGCCGCCUUGUGCAUUCUGGGCGAUUCUGGGACAAGGAGCGCUCUCCAUCAAGGAGUGAAUGGGAGUCUAUUGGCUGCUUGCUCAAAAACCCAACAUUUAGCACAAAUUCCGUCAACAAGAAGUACAACAUUACCAAUCUUUUCAGAGAUGUGAGAUAAUUAACUUUCUAUCUGUAGUAUCGUAUAGCUUUGGAAUCGUGACAUUACGUACUUUUGAAGAAAAUAGGCUUGUUUCUCCACAUACACACUGAUUUUGAGAAGGGAUUGCAUGAUGAUUAGCUUAGCAACCGCGAAACGCAGCAUGAAACGUGAACACAAUUGGUCAACAGUUUGCUGGGUGGGGCGUUUAUACGUUCCUUCAUUCAUUCAUUGGAUUCCUUUCUCCUUUCUAUAAUAUCUCUGGCAACGGCACCAUGCAACGCACCCUGGACUAAAGAGGCAGGCCAAUAGGAAAAAUGUGCUAGACCCUCCGUUAUAGUCCCAAGUUUUCAAGGUAGGAAUAUCGGUAAAAUAUGAUCAAUGGCUCAUUUGAGAAAAGAGAUCCUCCCGAGUUAUGACAUCGGCCAGUAUUGAAAUCUGACAUGUAUGGUAGACGUUUUCGCCAGAUAAAAAUUGUAUUCCUAUUAACUUCCAGAGCGACUUUCUCACGGUGCUACGUCAUACCGGCCUGGUUUUCUGCCUGCUUCAAUGCCAGUAACUCAGAUACACAUGCAAUGACCCAGGGAAUCGAUAGAACAUCACUCAGAGAUGCACAAAAACAAUAUUACAUUCAAAAUGGGUGAACCUUUCCUUUUAAGGACAAAAGGCCAAUUGUUUGAUAUCCGGGCCCGCCCUGCACUAUACUAUACUACACUACACUCGGCAUGUCAUGUCACCUCAGAUCCUCAUCGAGGGGGGAAAAAAAGUGUGCCCAAAAUAAAGGACCUCUGCAUCCCUCUGGGUUAUGAAUUUAGGUCAGUUGGCUGGGGCAGAAGGGAACUGGAGAGCGGUGAAGAAGUGUGGCCUCCUGAGAUCACUGGCCCCUAUAUUACAGAAGCAUUGGUGACGGUGGAAUGGAAACCUAUGUCCUAUAUUCUACAUUUGUGACCGGUGAGGGAGAUGUUCGUAAUACGCAGCUUUUCAGUCACAGCAUUUUGUUUCGAUAACGGCCUGGCAUAAAGAGUGUUCCAUUCUUUGGAUUAUCUUAUUGCUUUCAUAAUGCUGUGUGUUGAAUCAUUUGUGCCAUUGUAAACCUUGAGCUAACAGUUGGGGGGGAGAUGGGUAGAGAAAUCGAGUAAUCACUCUCAAUUUACCUGUUUGCGAGAAAAUGGUCUAAAUGAAACCCAGCUGCAUUUCGAACAAUACUGUCAGUGUUACUGUCGCAUAUUGCAAUGUGCUUAUCACCUGCUCCUAUCCACGGUUUUCCACUCAUUCUGAAACGUUGAAUGCAUGACUUCCAUGGCAACCAGAAGUUUAAUGAGUCACCGUGUUCUUGUCACAGGGCCAGGGGUGACCUUCACAGAGAAAGACAGAUUAGGAGUAGUUUGACACCAGAGUCCACCAUGCCGGUGGCCCUUGGCCCUCAGACCAGCCUGGCGCGCACACCCACACACACGGCCAAACAUGCAUGAGAAUGAGGCCACUAGGUUAUGGUGCAUUUGAUGGAAUAUUCUCCUGAUUGAGUUCAUCUUCAUCUGCUCGUAUUGAUGAACGAGUUAGUAACUAAUGCAGCGUGGAGAGCAUUUACCACGGGUUGCAAAAUAUAUUGUGUUAAUUCAUUUCCUUUGUGAAUAGGCUUGUAGCCUACAGUAGGUGGUUCCUGUCAACAUGUAUUAUGGUUGAUUGUAGUUGAGGGAUGAGAGAAGAUGACAUCCUUCCUUUUGUAGUAUGCCCAGGCUAGAGAUGAAGAGAUGUUUCUCAGGUCUUCAUGUUGUAGCUGGGACGUUUCCAUCGCCUGAUCUCUGCAUACAAAACAUCCCUUGGCAAAGACAAUGACAUAGCAUUGACUUGCCCUCUGUCUCGCUUGCAACAUCAAGACAAUUAAAUAGCAUUGACUUGCCCUCUGUCUCGCUUGCAACAUCAAGACAAUUAAAUAGCAUUGACUUGCCCUCUGUCUCGCUUGCAACAUCAAGACAAUGACAUGGCAUUGACUUGCCCUCUGUCUAGCUUGCAACAUCAAGGAUGUCAUACUCUGACUGCCUCUCAGAGAAGUCGUCAUUCCACUUCAAUGUGUCAACGCUGCUGUCAUCUUGUUAUUUUAUGAUUCCAAGACAUUGCAGUAUCCUCCCUUAUUCCAAUGCAAUGUAUUUUAUGGAAAUGUUAGUUUUGUAAACAAUGGAAAAACACUUGUCAUUGCAAAAUGUUCACAGCCAUACAUCAAAGUACAUGCAGGCUUCAAAUCAGCUGUUAGAUAUAUAAUACAGUGUCUGUCUUCUUGUUUGAAGGGCUUGACUGCUAACAGGUAAAUGUGUACUCUGUCGUACAGCGUAUGUCCAGUGGGAGCUACGCAGCAAGGUGACAGAAAAUGGCAGCGCCGCCAAAAACCAGGUGACUGAGGAAAUUGGCAGAUGGCCACGGUGUGACGGAAACGCGACGCUGAGGAGACAUGACACAAAUGAGCGCCAAAGCCUCUCUUAAUUAGCUGUCUAGAGCAAGGAGUGCAGCGAGGGAGGAACACGAGACGAUGGCAGGCCCACUAAGCACGUCCAUUAGAGGCCUUGAUCUGACUAAUCACCCUGUGGACAUAAUAGUGUUGUGAUUGUUAGCCUUUUAGCCUCAAUUAGCCUGUUAGCCUAGUCGGUUAACCUAGCUUAGCCUUUUAGCUUUGUAAUUUUUUGUUUUUGUGGUUUGGACUUGAACUCUGGAAAGAUUUUUGAACUCCUAUUAGGUUGAGAUCAUUGUGUGUGUGAUGUUGAGGAACUAAACGUUCAAUGAGAUUAGUGUGGCAGCUUUUGGUUGGCCAGCAUGUGGUUUGACUCAGCAGUCAGCCUCUAUGGUCUUCUUAGUGCUUCAUUGAUAUGGUCCUUGAGCUUUGAAUUUGCAUAGAGAGCAAAAAAAAACUUAUUAUGAUUUCACCAUAGGAAUAUUUGUGUGAAACCAUUUCCCUGAAGGUUGGGUCAUCACCAUGGUUCCAACCAGAGCAUAUGAGCGGAGUGGAGCGGUGAGAAUCUCAGCUCCUCGCUCACGGAGCUGUUCACCCCUCCGCUCCCCCCGCUCAAAGCCACAUCAGGCCAGUCCGCUCAUUAUCGCUCAACGCAGUUUGCAUCGCGCUCCACUCAAAUCGCCCCCCCGCUCGCUCCAAAAAAGGAAAAAAAUGAGAUGUUUAUCAGUAUAGUAUAUUCCAUACCGAAUUGACACGUUGUUUGCCAAUGUUUCUGCAAAAGCAGCGAUGCCCAUUGGAAGUGCAGCGUGAGUGUCAUCGGUGAGCAGGGAUUUGAUUUCUGUGACAGCAGGGAGGAUCAUCCCCAGGUUUCCCAGCUCCUUCUGCAUUUUGUCUGUGAGGUCUGCCAGUGGUGUCAGUACACUGACAAGGUGCGUCAGCUGCUGUACUUGAUUCAGGGUGAUGUUAGCAACAUUAGACUUGAGUUUGUUUUGCCAUAACGGGUCUUUUUGGAACAACCGGAUGAACGACUGAAUCAUCCGCAGCUUGCUGCUCCAUCGAGUGGCGCAGGCAUUUGUGGGGCGGACACCUAAUUGGUCGGUUUCCUCUGUGUUCAGGGUGCUCUUGCAUACACUUUUCACCAGGUGCCCGACUUUCACUAUCAGCCUAUUAAUGUUGUCGUGCUCGUUAACGGCGUCUUUGAUCGCCAGCUGAAUCAUGUGAAUGGGGCACCUCAGAUGUAAAUUUGACACAGUAAAGUAUUGAUUUAUCAUAGUUUCCUACAUUAGUGGUUAUCACUUCCACAUGGACUUGCGACGGCGCAGGUGGUGCCUCAUCCUCCUCUUCAUGUUCUGCGCUGCUGCAGGCAUCCGCGGUCACUUCACUCUCCGCCUCCUCUUCAGUGCCAGGGAGGAGUUUAAACGCCUUGAUCAUGUUGCUGGCACUGUCAGUGACGACCCAAAUCACAUGUCGUUGCACGUUCCAAUAUUUCAGUACACUUUCAUACUUUUGGUAAAUAUAUCUGCGGUAUGGUGCCCUGUAUGUGCUCACAGCCCAACAAAACCGUGUGCCCCCGGAACGUCCCAUCAAUGAAACUGGCCACGAUGCCAAGGAAGCGGUGCCCUCUUCUACUGGUCCAAAUGUCCACUGACAGAACGAGCCCAUCACCAUUUUUUAGUAGGUCUUCCAUCUCUUCCAGGGCAUGUGGCAUGAGCGUGUCCCGUACGGUGUUGUAGCAUGGGGGGGUGUAGCCCGGUUGAGCUGCGCUGGCAAAGUGUUGCAUCCCUUUGCGUUCUCCUUUACUCAGCGGUUCAUAAUCAUGGUAAAUCAUUUUUUAAAAUGCUACAUCCAACUCUCUUUUUUUCUCCCUUGUUAUGGUUGGGCCUUUGUGUGCAUUGAAGAAACUUUUGAAUUCCUCAACCGUUUUCUCUUGUUGCUGCUGCUGCUCCUCUCGCUCUAUAAAAUACAAAUCCAUGGACGACACAAAUUAAAUUAAACGAACGAUAUAUUAGGCCUACUUUGAAUAACAAAACGAAUUUAUUUGAAUAUUAGGCUAUAUUUACCUUUUGCUUUCUUCCCAGCGUGUUCACGUAGCACACUUUCGUGUUUUCGAGAGAUGUCUUUUUAGAUUCCAAAAUGAAUCUUUACUGACUGAAACGAUGUCACCACAUUCUUUUUCUUGUAGCACAUUAUCAUUGUUAGUUCGUUUUAUAUUAAUAGUACACCUGUAUGACUUCUCAUUUUCCUUUUUGUAGUACUUGGUGAACUCCAUUAUUGAGCCGAGUUUUGACUGUUGAUGACUGUGCAAGACACAGAUGGAUUCUGGGUCAGGCUUGAGCAUGCUUCAGACUCGUGGUGUGAGCGAGCGAAAUUGGAGCGGGACAUAGGGCGACGCUCCGUCCUUUUAAAAAUGCAGCUCUGCGCUCUGUCCAAAAUCCGCCCGCUCGCUCCCGCUCCACUCCGCUCACAUGCUCUGGUUCCAACCAUUUCAACUGCCAUUCAUAUCCCUUCCGACUGAAUGCACACCAACCUUGAGUUGUCUCUUCACCAUCCCCUCCACAGUGGAAGACAAUGAAUAACUCUCCUCAGAAUGACAGCUUUCCUCACAGGAUUAAAUGCAUCUUCCAUACACUGCUCCAGAGUUCACUUGAGCAGGAAGCACUUCCAGCAGCAAUUGUAUCACAUCUCUGACCCAUUUAAAAAAUAUAUAUUUUUGUUUAUUUUUGUGUCUUCAAAAAAGGUUUCUUGCUUUCAAAGGUUGAAUUGACCAGGGACAAGUCAUCAGAGUUGUUUGACAGCACUUUGGUCUCUUUGAGAAAGGUCAACACUAUCCACCAUCACAUCCCCUGCAUUUUGCACUAACACACAAGGACGGCUUGUGGUUUGGCCGCUUCACAAACGGGAACCUGCAUUUUGGAGUGUGGAACACAGUAGAGUGUAGAGAUGGGCAUUUUACAUUAUUUUACUAUUCAAAUAAUGACAUUUCUUCUGAUAAAAUUAAUUGGUUGAGAGUCAAUAGCAAUCAGAAUGACGCAAAUGCACAUGGUAGAGAUUAACAGCAGACAUGCUGCUUUUCAGCUUUUUCUCUAGUAGCAACAGCAAAAGAGAAGUCUGAUUUUUGCCAUGAUAGAAUUGAUUGUUACAAAAAAUAUAUUUUCUGGUGACGUUUUGCAUUGAUCGGUGUCAGGUAUUGUGGAGACUUUGUUAGAUGAGCAUUACAUUUUACAUUUUAGUCAUUUAGCAGACGCUCUUAUCCAGAGCAACUUAGUGAGUGCAUACAUUUUUCAUACUGCAUCUGUAAUUACUAUUUAAAGUGGGGGGAAAUAGCAUACCGAUGUCAAGGCAGCCUGGAGGGCUCAAUGUGCAGCAGUAGCUCAACGCACCGUUAUAAAAACUACAUUCAAAAGUUGGUUUUAUUAAAUUAAGUGUUUCAAAUGUCACGGUAUGUCCUUGUAGGUACAAAUGUCACAUUAAUAAUUUAAUUGAAAGCUUUUUCAUUGUUAAAAUAGGCCUAAAAAAAUCUAAAAUUAACUCACUCAGGUGAUUGAACACUAACGUCCGUUCUGCUAUCUAAAUAUUUGGUUAACCUUGCCCAUCCCUAGUAGAGUGCAUCUGCUCCGAGAGGAGCCUAGGUAGUGUAUAAAUAGAUCUUACGUAAUCCAGUUUGAUAUGACAUUAUGUAAUUACAGAGAGAGCUGCUAGACCCAGGUUCAAAUAAGAGCCGUUCUUGACCAAUCUGUCUGUAUCGCAGCCGAGGAGGCGUUGGAUAUUGAUAUUAACGAGUGAUGGCAGUGCUUAUCACAUCGAUUUAAAGCAGAGCUCGGCUAUGGUGUCAUUUGAGCGGUAGGGUGCAGUGACAGAUGGGGAGUGGGACGGGAGGCUUGUCUAGGCCUUUAUGAUGACUAGGUCUAGGCCUUUAUGAUGACUAGGUCUAGGCCUUUAUGAUGACUAGGUCUAGGCCUUUAUGAUGACUAGGUCUAGGCCUUUAUGAUGACUAGGUCUAGGCCUUUAUGAUGACUAGGUCUAGGCCUUUAUGAUGACUAGGCCUUUAUGAUGUCUAGGCCUUUAUGAUGACUAGGUCUAGGCCUUUAUGAUGUCUAGGCCUUUAUGAUGACUAGGUCUAGGCCUUUAUGAUGUCUAGGCCUUUAUGAUGACUAGGUCUAGGCCUUUAUGAUGUCUAGGCCUUUAUGAUGACUAGGUCUAGGCCUUUAUGAUGACUAGGCCUUUAUGAUGUCUAGGCCUUUAUGAUGACUAGGUCUAGGCCUUUAUCAUGUCUAGGCCUUUAUGAUGACUAGGUCUAGGCCUUUAUGAUGUCUAGGCCUUUAUGAUGACUAGGUCUAGGCCUUUAUGAUGACUAGGCCUUUAUGAUGUCUAGGCCUUUAUGAAGACUAGGUCUAGGCCUUUAUGAUGACUAGGCCUUUAUGAUGACUAGGUCUAGGCCUUUAUGAUGUCUAGGCCUUUAUGAUGACUAGGUCUAGGCCUUUAUGAUGACUAGGUCUUUAUGAUGUCUAGGCCUUUAUGAUGACUAGGUCUAGGCCUUUAUGAUGACUAGGUCUAGGCCUUUAUGAUGACUAGGCCUUUAUGAUGACUAGUAGGACUGGGAAUUGCCAGGGACCUCACAAUAUGAUAUUAUCAUGAUACUUACAGUGCAUUCGGAAAGUAUUCAGACCCCUUCCCUUGUUCCACAUUUUGUUACGUUACAGCGUGAAUCUAAAAUGGAUGAAAUAAAUAUGAAUCCUCAUCAAUCUACACACAAUACCCCAUUAAUGACAAUGCGAAAACAGGUUUUUUGAAAUGUUUGCAAAUGUAUUACAAAUAAAAAACAGACGCCUUAUAUACAUAAGUAUUCAGACCCUUUGCAAUGAGACUCGAAAUUGAGCUCAGGUGCAUCCUGUUUCCAUUGAUCGUCCUUGAUGUUCCUACAACUUGACUGGAGUCCAGCUGUGGUAAAUUCAAUUGUUUGGACAUGAUUUGGAAAGGCGCACACACCUGUCUAUAUAAGGUCCCACAGUUGACAGUGCAUAUCAGGGCAAAAACCAAGCCAUGAGUUCGAAGGAAUUGUCCGUAGAGCUCCAAGACAGGAUUGUGUCGGUACAGAUCUGGGGGAAGGGUACCAAACUAUUUCUGCAGCAUUGAAGGUCCCCAAGAACCCAGUGGCCUCCAUCAUUCUUAAAUGGAAGAAGUUUGGAACCACCAAGACUCUUCCUAGAGCUGGCCGCCUGGCCAAACUGAGCAAUCGGGGGAGAAGGGCCUUGGUCAGGGAGGUGACCAAGAACCCGAUGGUCACACUGACAGAGCUCCAGUGUUCCUCUGUGGAGAUGGGUGAACCUGCCAAAAGGACAACCAUCUCUGCAGCACUCCACCAAUCAGAACUUUAUGGUAGAGUGUCCAGAUGGAAGCCAACUCCUCAGUAAAAGGCACCUGACCACCUGCUUGGAGUUUGCCAAAAGGCACCUAAAGGACUCUCAGACCAUGAGAAACAAGAUUCUCUGGUCUGAUGAAACCAAGAUUGAACUCUUUGGCCUGAAUGCCAAGCGUCACGUCUGUAGGAAACCUGGCACCAUCUCUACGGUGAAGCAUGGUGUUGGCAGCAUCAUGCUGUGAGGAUGUUUUUCAGUGGCAGGGACUGGGCGACUAGUCAGGAUCAAGGGAAAGAUUAACAGAGCAAAGUACAGAGAUCCUUGAUGAAAACCUGCUCCAGAGCGCUCAGGACCUCCGAAUGUGGUGAAGGUUCACCUUCCAACAGGACAAUGACCAUAAGCACACAGCCAAGACAACAUAGGAGUGGCCUUCGGGACAAGUCUCUGAAUGUCCUUGAGUGGCCCAGCCAGAGCCCGGACUUUAACCUCAUCGAACAUCUCUGGGGAGACCUGAAAAUAGCUGUGCGGCGACGCUCCCCAUCCAAGCUUGAGAGGAUCUGCAGAGAAGAAUGGGAGAAACUCCCCAAAUACAGGCGUGCCAAGCUUGUAGCGUCAUACCCAAAAAGACUUGAGGCUGUAAUCACUGCCAAAGGUGCUUCAACAAAGUACUGAGUAAAGGGUCUGAAUACUUUUAUGUAAAUGUAAUAUUUCAGUUUUAUAAUUUUUUUAUAAAUUUGCAAAAAUGUCUAAACUGUUUUUGCUUUGUCAUUAUGGGGUAUUGUGUGUAGAUUGACAAAUUUUUUUUGAAUCCUUUUUAGAAUAAGGCUGUAAGGUAACAAAGUGAAAUACUUUCCGAAUGCGCUGUAGGUGCCGAUACGAUGUAUUGCGAUUCGAUACUGUGAUUUUAUUGUGAUUUGAUGUUCCAAACAUUGCUCACCAUAUGUAUGCUGCAGAGGGACAAGAGAGAGACAUGAGAAAAAUAGUUUUGAUCAGUCAUCAAAAUAAAGUGCUGAAAACAAAUUGUAGAACAAGCUGUGAAUGAAAAAAAACAGACGUUUCUGUGCAGGUACAGCCAACUAGCGUAAAAAGAAUACUGUCAAAACGAUAUGAUAUAUCAAAAUAAUAUCCCGACAUGUAACUAUCAAUUUUCCCCCAAAACCCUAAUGAUUAGGUGUAGGCCUCUAUGAUAUAAUGUCUAGGCCUAUAUGAUGAAGUGUACAAUGCCUUCAGAAAGUAUUCAUACCCCUUGACUUAUUCCACAUUUUGUUGUUACAGCCUGAAUUCAAAAUGAAUUACUUUUUUUUUUUUUUACCCAUCUACACACAAUAUCCCGUAAUGACAAAGUGAAAACAUGUUUUUAGAAAUUUUUGCAAAAUAAUUAAAUACAGAAAUAUCACAUUUACAUAAGUAUUCACACCGUUUAGUCAAUACCUUUUGGCAGUUGCAAGUCUUUCUGGGUUAGUCUCUAAGAAAUCUGCACACCUGUAUUGUACAGUCUUUCCACAUUAUUCAAGCUCUGUCAAGUUGGUUGUUGAUCAUUGCUAGACAGACAUUUUCAAGUAUUGCCAUAUAUUUUCAAACUUGUCUAUGUUGUCUAGGGAAGCAACUCCAGUGUAUAUUUGGGCUUGUGUUUUAGGUUAUUAUCAUGCUGAAAGGUGAAUAUGUCUCCCAGUGUCUGCUUAGCUCUAUUCUGCUUCUUUUUAUCCCCAAAAAAAGUCCCUAGGCCUUGCCGAUGACCAGCAUACCCAUAACAUGAUGCAGCCACAACCAUGCUUGAAAAUAUGAAGUGGUUCUCAGUGACGUGUUGUAUUUGCUCCAAACAUAACGCUUUGUAUUCAGGACAUACAUUUCAUUUCUUUGCCAAAUAUUUGCAGUUUUACUUUAGUGCCUUAUUGCAAACAGGAUGCAUGUUUUUGGAAUUCUGUACAGGCUUCUUUCUUUUCACAUUUGCAAUAUGUGGAUAGUGACGUCCUAGCAGUGAAUACUAUGCAGUUCUUUGAUCCAUACAGAUCCAGUGUUUAUCACUGCUUUUGAAUGCACAGAACAAUGUAACAAUAUAACUAUCAACUAAGUGAAAGGAAUUAUUACAUGGCUGGAGGUUGUGUUCACAUACCUAGUUUAUACCUAGCUCUAGGAGUGAGCAACUCCUAUACACGUCAGUCCAUGGUAAUUCGGCUACCUGGGUCAAACACUGAAACCUCACUGCGACUUCAACUCCCUUCCUGAUCUUGCAAUUUUAUUUGUAUUGUAUCUACAGAAAUACAAUGCAUAUCUAUGAAGUACAAUAUAUUUACAGAAAUCAAAAAUAUCAACAGAAACACAAUACUGGUCAUAAUUUAACUAAACUGAACUAAAUAUAUCCUACAGUCAAUGUGGACUGCCAUCCAGUUGCAUGAAUUCACAGAGGAGAGGCACAUUGACUUUUGACCUGUCCUCAAGCUGGGACCACGGCCACGACUCUCCCAGCAUGGGAAAGCCUGAACAUGCUUGAAAACUCGGCAUAAUCCAGCCGCUGUUAUCCCCUUUAAUUUUAGUAUUUUUUGAGAGUGGGAGAAAGUAAAGUCAAAACAUGACUAACGAUUUGUUUGCCGAACCUGUAGCUCAGCUGGUAGAGCACGGCGCUUGUAACGCCAAGGUAGUGGGUUCGAUCCCCGGGACCACCCAUACACAAACAUGUAUGCACGCAUGACUGUAAGUCGCUUUGGAUAAAAGCGUCUGCUAAAUGGCAUAUUAUUAUAUUAUUUAUAAAAAGUAAACUGUGACAAAUAUCUUAGUUAGGACUUAAAGGGACUUCCAGUCGGUGGGCCUACAUCAAAUGUAUUGUGUUUUGUCUGUAAUUGAUAUAUUGAAUAUGAAUUCAGUAGCAAGAAACUGAAUGUAUUGUAAUGUUUUGGUAGGCGAUCUCUAAAACCAAUCCUCCUAUAAUUUAUACUUUCGAACAGUGGGAACAAUAACAAUCCAUGUAUGUAUGCACAGUGGGGAGAACAAGUAUUUGAUACACUGCCGAUUUUGCAGGUUUUCCUACUUACAAAGCAUGUAGAGGUCUGUAAUUUUUAUCAUAGGUACACUUCAACUGUGAGAGAUGGAAUCUAAAACAAAAAGUAAGUAAUUAAUUUGCAUUUUAUUGCAUGACAUAAGUAUUUGAUACAUCAGAAAAGCAGAGUUUAAUAUUUGGUACAGAAACCUUUGUUUGCAAUUACAGAGAUCAUACGUUUCCUGUAGGUCUUGACCAGGUUUGCAGACACUGCAGCAGGGAUUUUGGCCCACUCCUCCAUACAGACCUUCUCCAGAUCCUUCAGGUUUCGGGGCUGUCGCUGGGCAAUACGGACUUUCAGCUCCCUCCAAAGAUUUUCUAUUGGGUUCAGGUCUGGAGACUGGCUAGGCCACUCCAGGACCUUGAGAUGCUUCUUACGGAGCCACUCCUUAAUUGCCCUGGCUGUGUGUUUCGGGUCAUUGUCAUGCUGGAAGACCCAGCCACGACCCAUCUUCAAUGCUCUUACUGAGGGAAGGAGGUUGUUGGCCAAGAUCUCGCGAUACAUGGUCCCAUCCAUCCUCCCCUCAAUACGGUGCAGUCGUCCUGUCCCCUUUGCAGAAAAGCAUCCCCAAAGAAUGAUGUUUCCACCUCCAUGCUUCACGGUUGGGAUGGUGUUCUUGGGGUUGUACUCAUCCUUCUUCUUCCUCCAAACACGGCGAGUGGAGUUUAGACCAAAAAGCCAUAUUUUUGUCUCAUCAGACCACAUGACCUUCUCCCAUUCCUCCUCUGGAUCAUCCAGAUGGUCAUUGGCAAACUUCAGACGGGCCUGGACAUGCGCUGGCUUGAGCAGGGGGAACUUGCCUGCGCUGCAUGAUUUUAAUCCAUGACGGCGUAGUGUGUUACUAAUGGUUUUCUUUGAGAUUGUGGUCCCAGCUCUCUUCAGGUCAUUGACCAGGUCCUGCCGUGUAGUUCUGGGCUGAUCCCUCACCUUCCUCAUGAUCAUUGAUGCCCCACGAGGUGAGAUCUUGCAUGGAGCCCCAGACCGAGGGUGAUUGACCGUCAUCUUGAACUUCUUCCAUUUUCUAAUAAUUGCGCCAACAGUUGUUGCCUUCUCACCAAGCUGCUUGCCUGUUGUCCUGUAGCCCAUCCCAGCCUUGUGCAGGUCUACAAUUUUAUCCCUGAUGUCCGUGCACAGCUCUCUGGUCUUGGCCAUUGUGGAGAGGUUGGAGUCUGUUUGAUUGAGUGUGUGGACAGGUGUCUUUUAUACAGGUAACGAGUUCAAACAGGUGCAGUUAAUACAGGUAAUGAGUGGAGAACAGGAGGGCUUCUUAAAGAAAAACUAACAGGUCUGUGAGAGCUGGAAUUCUGACUGGUUGGUAGGUGAUCAAAUACUUAUGUCAUGCAAUAAAAUGCAAUUUAAUUACUUAAAAAUCAUACAAUGUGAUUUUCUGGAUUGUUGUUUUAGAUUCCGUCUCUCACAGUUGAAGUGUACCUAUGAUAAAAAUUACAGACCUCUACAUGCUUUGUAAGUAGGAAAACCUGCAAAAUCGGCAGUGUAUCAAAUACUUGUUCUCCCCACUGUAGGUUAAUAUUGUGGAGUAACUACAAUGUGUUUGAUCCAUCCUCAGUUUUCUCCUAUCGCAGCCAUUCAACUCUGUAACUGUUUUAAAGUCACCAUUGGCUUCAUGGUGAAAUCCCUGUGCGGUUUCCUUCCUCUCCGGCAACUGAGUUAGGAAGGACGCCUGUAUCUUUGCAGUGACGGUGUAUUAAUACACCAUCCAAAGUGUAAUUCAUAACUUCUACAUGCUCAAAGGGAUUCUCAAUGUCUGCUUUUUAUUUUAUUUUUACCCAUCAUUUUACCCAAUAGGUGCCCUUCUUUGCGAGGCAUUGGAAAACCUCCCUGGUCUGUGUGGUUGAAUCUUUGUUUGAAAUUCACUGCUCGACUGAGGGGACCUUACAAAUAGUUGUAUGUGUGGAGUACAUAGAUGAGGUAGUCAUUCAAAAAUCAUGUUAAACACAAUUAUUGCACACUGAGUCCAUGCAACUUAUUAUGUGACUUGUCAAAAAUGUCUUACUCCUGAACAUAUUUAGGUAUUCCAUAAAGGGGUUGAAUACUUCUUGACUCAAGACAUGUACAUUUUUUAUUUAAUUUGUAAAUUGUUCUAAACUUAUUUCCACUUUGACAUUAUGGGCUAUAGUGUGUAGAUCAGUGACACAAAAUAUCAAUUUAAUCCAUUUUAAAUUCCGGCUGUAACACAACAAAAUGUGGAAAAGGGGUGUGAAUACUUUCUGAAGGCACUGUAUAUUUCUGCGUAUCAUAGUCCGGGUCAUGGACUAUACAUGUGAAGAUGGCCCAUUUUCUUCUGUAAGAUGAAUUAUGUAGAGACAGUAGGUAUACUGUAGUUCAUCAUACUGUAGUAUACAGGAUAUGUCCAUUUAUAGUUACUUGGCUAGCUCCUCAGAAAGGACCACUGCCCCACUUUCUGUCCAGCCCUACUCUCUACUGUACACAUUCACUAUCUAGGUUGCUCACGUGUUAUGGAAUAGUUCAACGUUGUACAUUCGUAAACAGAUGUAUACAUUCUGUGCAGUUAUAGCAACAGAAUGCUAGAACUGGUCUCAAAUCCCCCCUAGGAUACUACAUAAUGUACACACACACACACAGUUUUUAUUUUUUUAAAGAGCUCAGAAUUCCAACCCCCCUUUUACAUAUUUGUAUUGUUAUUGACAGGCUCUAACCCUCGUCGCCAGGAAGCAUUACUGUAUGUGGUCGGAAGCUUAGACUGCAACUCCUGCAGACCAGACUCCGGCACCCCCACUCAUUUGUUAGUUAAUCUAUAAUAUAAGAAAGUAAACUUCCUUGUCUGUAGCCGUGGUUAACCAUGUUGACUUACGACACUCCUGCAUAUUGAUUGGUGCCAUAAUGUGUCAUGCCAGACAUGCAGUCUGUCUAUUUUUAAAAGCAGGUGUGUGUCUCGCUGGGCAAUAAUUCAGCGGUGGGAGCGCUCCCUUUCGAAUUGCACCACCCAUUGUCAUGAAAACUCUGCUCUCUCCUCUCAUCCGGCUCGCCUUAGAGAAUCUCUCAUUUGUCUUCGUUGACUCUAUAAUGCACAUACCAUUUCAUCAAUCCUAUGGCGAUCUAUAGUGCUAAUGUGAUUCCACUUGCUGCUGUGAUGGCUGGCCCUGGCAGGUUUUCACUCAGCAGCCAGUGAGGCUUGUCUUGGCACGUCUGGUUGGUGUAGAGUAGACUGGCUUUUAGCUCUCCUGGCUAGCCUCUCACUGCCUGCCCUGAUGAAAGCAGGCCCAGUGUACUGCACUAAUGGAUAGGAGGCUCUCCUCACGCGCCCUCUCCCCCCCUCUCUCUCUUUCUGCCACUCUUGUGCCCCCUCAACCUGCAUGCCUCCGCUGAAGGGAAGACUAGAGUCCACAAAUCAAGGGGAAUCACUUAAUAGUCAGGAGGUGCCCAUUUCAGUUGCUAUGUCACUAGUUUAAUAAUUGACCACACAUGAUUCCCAGAACUCUUCUCCUUGUCUGUCUCCCUGUCUGUUGUCUGUUUAGUGACUCCCCAUGCAUCACGUUGACCUUGACACAACCAGAUGAACAACACUGUUCCUAUAAACGAGUUCCACUGGCCAGUGUGUUGUCAACUAGGCAUGUCAGGACAUGUUCUCUCCCUGCAGCAUGUGUAGACAGCGUUGGGCCAAUGUUGACUCAUUCUCAGUCCCUACAGUAGCCCCUCCUUUUUGUAUUUUUUUAGGGGGUAGAUCAGCUUUAAUAUUGCAGAUUGUGGGUUCUAUCAAUGUAAUUGUCUGCAUCAUUUCCAAUCCCCCAUGUAUUUUCCUUCUUUAUUAUUUAGCCCUAACCCUACCACCCCUCCCCUAAUUGAAGUGAACUAAUGGACAACAAAUCUUAGGCUUCUACUUCCAGCUUAUACAUACUAUAUACAUUUAACAGACGCGGUGCAUUUUAUAUUAGUUAUCCAGCCCCUCUUCCUUUCCGCCUCCUUCCACUUUUGGUGUCUGAGAGGGAAGCUAUUGUGUUAGCUUUCAGUAGUCUGAGCAGUGAGCUCUAAGCAUCUGCCCUUCCUUCUUCUUUUCCUCGUCUCUCCCCAGUUGCCUAGCAGCGAUGGGAGAGUUUGACAGUGUUGACAUUGCCUGCACGGGGGGCAGUUCCUGGAAACACUCAGACAUUAAGUGACUGUCUCUUUCUCUCCUCUCCUCCACUCUCAGCCGGGGUGGAAGAAAGGCAGUUAGAAUCAUAGUUGAGAAGGCCCAAAAUAAACCCCUUUCUCCGAAAUAGAAAAGAGAGAGGAGAUGACAGCGAAGGGAAAGUGUUCUUUUGAUACGACUGCUUUUAUCACGGGGCAAAAAGCAACAUGACGCUCGCUGCAGGAGUAGCUGUUUAGAGAUGUAUUUGUUCUCUGUCUGAGAGCAUCCAGAAGGGAAGUGAUAGUUACUGACAAGGGGCGUUUAGGCAAAGAGCUGUUGUCAUACUGCCUUUUUGGCCAAUGCGUAAUGAAACCGCAAAUAAAUGCAUGUCUUGGACAUGGGGACAGAUCAUGUAGACACGCUCAUUACUGAGCUAUCUUCAUUCACACGUUGUGAAUCUCAUCAGUUUUCCUUUUGUCUGUGAAAUGACAUACAUUAGCCAUCCUGCAUUGUAAAUAUAUUAUAAAAACACCAGUUGCAGAGAUGGAAGAGCAUCAAAUUCUGGGAUCCAUCUCAGGAAAUGUUUUUUUAACCAUGUCUCCUCUCUCUCGCUCUCAGCUCUGUGCGGGACAAGAUGACCACAGCCAGGUAUCGGCCCACCUGGGACCUGACCCUGGACCCCCUGGUCUCCUGCAAACUGUGCCUUGGAGAGUUUCCCCUGGAGCAGAUGACCACCAUCACUCAGUGUCGAUGUGUCUUCUGUACACUGGUGAGUGCCCUGUCAUCGUCUGUUCCCCAUCUUGUCAAUAUGUCCUCUGUGUGCACCAUAGUGACUGUGGCUAACUGGAAUAGGCAGGUACAGUUAGGGAAAAAAGUAUUUGAUCCCCUGCUGAUUUUGUGUGUUUGCCCACUGACAAAGACAUGAUCAGUCUAUAAUUUUAAUGGUAGAUUUAUUUGAACAGUGAGAGACAGAAUAACAACAAAGAAAUCCUGAAAAACGCAUGUCAAAAUGUUAUAAAUUGAUUUGCAUUUUAAUGAGGGAAAUAAGUAUUUGACCCCUCUGCAAAACAUGACUUAGUACUUUGUGGCAAAACCCUUGUUGGCAAUCACAGAGGUCAGAUGUUUCUUGUAGUUGGCCACCAGGUUUGCACACAUCUCAGGAGGGAUUUUGUCCCACUCCUCUUUGCAGAUCUUCUCCAAGUCAUUAAGGUUUUGAGGCUGACGUUUGGCAAAUCGAACCUUCAGCUCCCUCCACAGAUUUUCUAUGGGAUUAAGGUCUGGAGACUGGCUAGGCCACUCCAGGACCUUAAUGUGCUUCUUCUUGAGCCACUCCUUUGUUGCCUUGGCUGUGUGUUUUGGGUCCUUGUCAUGCUGGAAUACCCAUCCACGACCCAUUUUCAAUGCCCUGGCUGAGGGAAGGAGGUUCUCACCCAAGAUUUGACGGUACAUGGCCCCGUCCAUCGUCCCUUUUGAUGUGGUGAAGUUGUCCUGUCCCCUUAGCAGAAACCCCCCCCCCCCCCCCCCCCCCCCCCCCCCAAAGCAUAAUGUUUCCACCUCCAUGUUUGACUGUGGGGAUGGUGUUCUUGGGGUCAUAGGCAGCAUUCCUCCUCCUCCAAACACGGCGAGUUGAGUUGAUGCCAAAGAGCUCAAUUUUGGUCUCAUCUGACCACAAAACUUUCACCCAGUUCUCCUCUGAAUCAUUCAGAUGUUCAUUGGCAAACUUCAGACUGGCCUUUAUAUGUGCUUUCUUGAGCAGGGGGACCUUGCGGGCGCUGCAGGAUUUCAGUCCUUCAUGGCGUAGUGUGUUACCAAUUGUUUUCUUGGUGACUAUGGUCCUAGCUGCCUUGAGAGAUUGACAGUUAUUUUGUGUUUGUUCCAUUUGCGAAUAAUCGCACCAACUGUUGUCACCUUCUCACCAAGCUGCUUGGCGAUGGUCUUGUAGCCCAUUCCAGCCUUGUGUAGGUCUACAAUCUUGUCCAUGACAUCCUUGGAGAGCUCUUUGGUCUUGGCCAUGGUGGAGAGUUUGGAAUCUGACUGAUUGAUUGCUUCUGUGGACAGGUGUCUUUUUAUACAAGUAACAAGCUGAGAUUAGGAGCACUCCCUUUAAGAGUGUGCUCCUAAUCUCAACUCGUUACUUGUAUAAAAGACACCUGGGAGCCAGAAAUCUUUCUGAUUGAGAGGGGGUCAAAUACUUAUUUCCCUCAUUAAAAUGCAAAUCAAUUUAUAACAUUUUGACAUGCGUUUUUCAGGAUUUGUUUGUUGUUAUUCUGUCUCUCACUGUUCAAAUAAACCUACCAUUAAAAUUAUAGACUGAUUAUUUCUUUGUCAGUGGGCAAAAUCAGCAGGGGAUCAAAUACUUUUUUCCCUCACUGUGUGUAUGUUAUAGUACCAGUCAAAAGUCUGGACACACCUACUCAUUCAAGGGUUUUUCUUUAUUUUUACUAUUUUCUACAUUGUAGAAACACACAUGGAAUCAUGUAGUGACCAAAAAAGUGUUAAACAAAUCAAAAUAUAUUUUAGAUUCUUCAAAGAAGCCACCCUUUGCCUUGAUGACGCUUUGCACACUCUUGGCAUUCUCUCAACCAGCUUCAUGAGGAAUGCUUUUCCAACAGUCUUGAAGGAGUUGCCACAUAUGCUGAGCACUUGUUGGCUGCUUUUCCUUCACUCUGCGGUCCGACUCAUCCCAAACCAUCUCAGUUGGGUUGAGGUCGGGUGAUUGUGGAGGCUAGGUCAUCUGAUGCAGCACUCCAUCACUCUCCUUCUUGGUAAAAUAGCCCUUACACAGCUUGGAGGUGUGUAUUGGGACAUUGUCCUGUUGAAAAGCAAAUGAUAGUCCCACUAAGCGCAAACCAGAUGGGAUGGCGUAUUGCUGCAGAAUGCUGUGGUAGCGAUGUUGGUUAAGUGUGCCUUGAAUUCUAAAUAAAUCACUGAUAGUGUCACCAGCAAAGCACCCCCACACCAUCACACCACCUCCUCCAUGCUUCACGGUGGGAACCACACAUGCAGAGAUCAUCCGUUCACAUACUCUGCAUCUCACAAAGACACGGUGGUUGCAUCCAAAAAUCUCAAAUUUGGAUUGAUCAGACCAAAGGACAGAUUUCCACCGGUCUAAUGUCCAUUGCUUGUGUUUCUUGGCCCAAGCAAGUCUCUUCUAGUGGUUUCUUUGCAGCAAUUCGACCCUGUGGGCUAUCUUCUGUAUACCCCCCUACCUUGUCACAACACAACUGAUUGGCUCAAACGCAUUAAGAAGGAAAUAAAUUCCACAAAUUAUCUUUUAACAAGGCACACCUGUUAAUUGAAAUGCAUUCCAGGUGACUAUUUUUUUUAACCUUUAUUUAACUAGGCAAGUCAGUUAAGAACAAAUUCUUAUUUACAAUGACGGCCUACACCGGCCAAACCUGGACGACGCUGGGCCAAUUGUCAUAGUUGUAAUGUCUUCACUAUUAUUCUACAAUGUAGAAAAUAGUAAAAAUAAAGAAAAACAGUUGAAUGAGUAGGUGUGUCCCAACUUUUGACUGGUACUGUGUGUGUGUGUGUAUAUAUGUGUGUAUAUGUGUGUGUAUAUAUGUGUGUAUGUACAGUGGGGAGAACAAGUAUUUGAUACACUGCCGAUUUUGCAGGUUUUCCUACUUACAAAGCAUGUAGAGGUCUGUAAUUUUUAUCAUAGGUACACUUCAACUGUGAGAGACAGAAUCUAAAAAUUCUGAAAAUCACAUUGUAUGAUUUUAAAGUAAUUAAUUUGCAUUUUAUUGCAUGACAUAAGUCCCUCUAUCACUGUCUCAUUCAUUGAAAAUACUUCCAUUUGGGAUGUUAUGUGGUUAGCAUGCUUCUCUUCAGCUAACCAGACACGCUCAAUAAACCAGUAAUAGAUAGCAGAAUGAAUAGUUAAUGCCAAAAGCAGAGAACUUCUACUACGGGGUUCAGAGGGGGAGAAGCACAUUUGGAAUUGGUUGUCUCACCAAACAGUAUGCCAGGGAUGGGGAAACUCCAGUCCUCGGGGGGCCUGAUUGGUGUUGCACUUUUGCCCCGAGGACUGGAGUUGCCCAUCCCUGCAGUGUGCCUGCACAUUUUCUGAUUGACUGCAUGGCCAAAGAAUGAGGUCAAUGUUAUACUCUUGGUUUUUAUUUCAGUGCCUGAAGCAGUAUGUGGAACUCCUGAUCAAAGAGGGCCUUGAAACUGCUAUUAGCUGUCCAGACUCUGCCUGUCCAAAACGAGGACACUUACUGGAAAAUGAGGUAUUAUUUACAAAAAUAUAUAUUUUAAUUGUUUAUCAUUUGUUUCAGGGACACAUGUAAUUCAGAAUUGAUGUAUUGAAGGGACCAGAGCCAAAUGUAUUGUACCAUGACACUUAAGCUUGUACUUUUCAGUGUACAGUUGCUUCAUUUUAAGAAUAUGAUAUUACAUUAACACACAAACACACACCAGAAUUCAUGUGAGUGAAUUCAUGAUCACAAAGUUGUGGGAAGUUGAUCAUUCCAUUUGAUUUUAGUGGACUUGUUGCUUGCGGUUAACAGCAAAACAGAAGAAAUGCAGAAUUGACAGAAAUGUUUUAAGUUAAAUGUGUUCAUAUCGAGAAGACAAAAGGCAGGUUACACAGACAUAACACAACUCAGUCAUGUGAUGGAUGAUUGGGAAACAAACUAGACUGAGUACCAGUCUGUUUGUGCUAUAAUAAGAAUAAUAAUAAUAAUAAUAUGCCAUUUUUAGCAGACGCUUUUAUCCAAAGCGACUUACAGUCGUGGGUGCAUACAUUUUUUGUGUAUGGGUGGUCCCGGGGAUCGAACCCACUACCUUGGCGUUACAAGCGCCGUGCUCUACCAGCUGAGCUACAGAGGACCACAUUCCAACUCUGUAUCACUCAUUGUUAUGACACUGUUUUGACAAUGAGCAAUGGAGUUGGCAAGAACAAACCGAUCUGGGACCUGGCUAUGGGGACACUACAAACUAGGGAAACUCUGACUAUUUCAUAGUGAGGCUAAAUGCAUUGCAUGCAUAUCAUCACAAAUUCCUAUUAUUAACAGUGUUGAACAAUAUUUUUUUGAACAAAUGUUAUAACGAUAAAAUGAAACAAGAUUACGACAUGGUACUUGAAGGAGAAACAGAGGUGAAUAAUUUGGUACACUGUUUAAAUUGAGCACAUCUAAGCAAAAUCUAUACUUUGUCAUAUAUUUUACCUUUAUUUAACUAGGCAAGUCAGUUAAGAACAAAAUCUUAUUUACAAUGACGGCCUACACCGGCCAAACCCGGACAACGCUGGGCCAAUUGUGCGCCACCCUAUGGGACUCCCAAUCACGGCCGGUUGUGAUACAGCCUGGAAUCAAACCAGGGGGUCUGUAGUGACCCCUCAAGCACUGAGAUGCAGUGCCUUAGACCACUGCCCCACUUGGGAGCCCAUGACGAUAUAAACAGAUGGAUGUGUUCUAAAGUAGUAUGGCCAUACCAUCUAUUGGCUGAUUUGGUGAUCUGGAGUGCAGGUAAUUCAUAUAAGUCAUAUUCUACAAGUAUGCUGGCGGUGGCGGCAGCUGCCUCGGUGCCCAUCUCGUUCACCUCUAUAAAGGCCUUGUGCACUACAUCAGACAACUCCAGGUCGUCGUUGGGCGACAUGCCUGAGAAAUCACUCCUGGAUGAGUUGAAGGCGUCCACUAUGCCCAUGCUAGACAAAACUACAUUCAGGUCGUAGGUCUCCUCCAACUUACAUUUUGGCUGAUUUACCCCUUACCUUCAUGUACUGCAUCCUUUCUGGCCCCGUCCACGCCGCAAAGUUCUUAUGUAUGAGAUUCUUCUUCAGCUUCUCCACCCCAGUGGUGAAACUCCAGCUUUUCCAGCCCUCAUCAGGGAGCUUGAUGAGCAUGCCCUACGAUGGGAAUGAUCUGAGCAUCUUCAGAAUCUGGCACUUUGAACUGAGCUUCUCUGGUAUUGGCCUACUCAGAUUCCUCUUUCCGCUGGCUCUUGAAGUAGAUGGCAUUCACCAACAUUAUUUUUGUUAGAGUUGACAGUCCCCUCCCAACAGGUUCUUGAUUUUCCCCUAUGUUUCUCCACCUAGCUGUUUUUCAUCCUAGCAGCCUCUGCACUGGACUUGAAGUUGACAGACUCCAACUCUGCACUGUAGUACUUCUUGGUUUCACUGAGAAAUGCCUCAGCAAACUGGUAAGACUGGUCUCCGUACAGGCAUUUAGCCAGGCUCCGUGCAUAUGGGGCUCCCUCUUUGUUCAGCACAGACAAGAGUUUUCUGAACCCGUGAUGGAUGUCACCCUCAGCUUUGUGGAGGUGCAGGGCCUGUGCCCUGGCCACAAGGAACACCAUGGCCAAAGAAGAAGAGCUGCUCAGAGGAGAGAAGAAAAUGUUUCCUUUUCUGUUGCUCUCGCUGAUCCUCUUGAAAAGAUCCAGGGAAAAGCUGUUUGCCACAGACAGAGAUUACAUCCUUACUCUUGAGAGGCAGGGAUGAUUAUGGCCUAAUAGGGAAUUGCAGUUUGAUUUAUAAAGCAGAAAGUGGGAUGGGAGUUCCAGCAAAAAUGAAUGCAGCAUGCACAGGAGACAGUGUAGAGUGCAUGGCACAGAUACAAAUGUGAAAAGUAUUCAAUAAAAAUAAAGUAACAAAGCAAACAAAUAUGUAUUUUUCUUUCUUCGAUGUAUAUAUGUGUGUGUGUGUGUGUGUAUAUAUAUGUGUGUAUAUAUAUAUAUAUAUGUGUGUAUAUAUAUAUAUGUAUAUAUAUGUGUAUAUAUAUAUAUAUACAUACAUACAUACAUACAUACAUACAUACAUACAUAGUGGCACUGACGUCUGUAGCCAUGAAGUGCUUUGAAAGACUGGUCAUGGCUCACAUCAACAGCAUAAUCCCAGAAACCCUAGACCCACUCCAAUUUGCAUACCGCCCCAACAGAUCCACAGAUGAUGCAAUCUCUAUCGCACUCCACACUGCCCUUUCCCACCUGGACAAGAGGAACACCUACGUGAGAAUGCUAUUCAUUGACUACAGCUCAGCAUUCAACACCAUAGUGCCCUCAAAGCUCAUCACUAAGCUAAGGAUCCUGGGACUAAACACCUCCCUCUGCAACUGGAUCCUGGACUUCCUGACGGGCCGCCCCCAGGUGGUAAGGGUAGGUAACAACACAUCUGCCACACUGAUCCUCAACACGGGGGCCCCUCAGGGGUGCGUGCUCAGUCCCCUCCUGUACUCUCUGUUCACCCAUGACUGCAUGGCCAGGCACGACUCCAACACCAUCAUUAAGUUUGCCGACGACACAACAGUGGUAGGCCUGAUCACCGACAACGAUGAGACAGCCUAUAGGGAGGAGGUCAGAGAUCUGGCCGUGUGGUGCCAGGACAACAACCUCUCCCUCAACGUGACCAAGACAAAGGAGAUGAUUGUGGACUACAGGAAAAAAAAGAGGACUGAGCACGCCCCCAUUCUCAUCGACGGGGCUGUAGUGGAACAGGUUGAGAGCUUCAAGUUCCUUGGUGUCCACAUCACCAACGAACUAUCAUGGUCCAAACACACCAAGACAGUCGUGAAGAGGGCACGACAAAGCCUAUUCCCCCUCAGGAGACUAAAAAGAUUUGGCAUGGGUCCUCAGAUCCUCAAAAAAUUCUACAGCUGCACCAUCGAGAGCAUCCUGACUGGUUGCAUCACCGCCUGGUAUGGCAACUGCUUGGCCUCUGACCGCAAGGCACUACAGAGGGUAGUGCGUACGGCCCAGUACAUCACAGGGGCAAAGCUCCCUGCCAUCCAGGACCUCUAUACCAGGCGGUGUCAGAGGAAGGCCCUCAAAAUUGUCAAAGACUCCAGUCACCCUAGUCAUAGACUGUUCUCUCUGCUACCGCACGGCAAGCGGUACCGGAGUGCCAAGUCUAGGUCCAAAAGACUUCUCAACAGCUUCUACCCCCAAGCCAUAAGACUCCUGAACAGCUAAUCAUGGCUACCCGGACUAUUUGCACUGCCCCCCCACCCCAUACUUUUUACGCUGCUGCUACUCUGUUAAGUAUUUAUGCAUAGUCACUUUAACUCUACCCACAUGUACAUAUUACCUCAACUACCUCAACUAGCCGGUGCCCCCGCACAUUGACUAUGCAACGGUACCCCCCUGUAUAUAUAGCCUCCCUACUGUCACUUUAUUCUAUUGUAUAUAUAGCCUCCCUACUGUCACUUUAUUUUUACUUCUGCUCUUUUUUUCUCAACACUUUUUUGUUGUUUUAUUCUUACUUUUUUGUUUAAAAUAAAUGCACUGUUGGUUAAGGGCUGUAAGUAAGCAUUUCACUGUAAUGUCUGCACCUGUUGUAUUCGGCGCAUGUGACCAAUACAAUUUGAUUUGAUUUGAUUUGACAUACAUACAUACAUACAUACAUACAUACAUACAUACAGUGGGGGGAAAAAAGUAUUUAGUCAGCCACCAAUUGUGCAAGUUCUCCCACUUAAAAAGAUGAGAGAGGCCUGUAAUUUUCAUCAUAGGUACACGUCAACUAUGACAGACAAAUUGAGAAAAAAAUAUACAGAAAAUCACAUUGUAGGAUUUUUAAUGAAUUUAUUUGCAAAUUAUGGUGGAAAAUAAGUAUUUGGUCAAUAACAAAAGUUUCUCAAUACUUUGUUAUAUACCCUUUGUUGGCAAUGACACAGGUCAAACGUUUUCUGUAAGUCUUCACAAGGUUUUCACACACUGUUGCUGGUAUUUUGGCCCAUUCCUCCAUGCAGAUCUCCUCUAGAGCAGUGAUGUUUUGGGGCUGUCGCUGGGCAACACGGACUUUCAACUCCUUCCAAAGAUUUUCUAUGGGGUUGAGAUCUGGAGACUGGCUAGGCCACUCCAGGACCUUGAAAUGCUUCUUACGAAGCCACUCCUUCGUUGCCCGGGCGGUGUGUUUGGGAUCAUUGUCAUGCUGAAAGACCCAGCCACGUUUCAUCUUUAAUGCCCUUGCUGAUGGAAGGAGGUUUUCACUCAAAAUCUCACGAUACAUGGCCCCAUUCAUUCUUUCCUUUACACGGAUCAGUCGUCCUGGUCCCUUUGCAGAAAAACAGCCCCAAAGCAUGAUGUUUCCACCCCCAUGCUUCACAGUAGGUAUGGUGUUCUUUGGAUGCAACUCAGCAUUCUUUGUCCUCCAAACACGACGAGUUGAGUUUUUUACCAAAAAGUUCUAUUUUGGUUUCAUCUGACCAUAUGACAUUCUCCCAAUCCUCUUCUGGAUCAUCCAAAUGCACUCUAGCAAACAUCAGACGGGCCUGGACAUGUUCUGGCUUAAGCAGGGGGACACGUCUGGCACUGCAGGAUUUGAGUCCCUGGCGGCGUAGUGUGUUACUGAUGGUAGGCUUUGUUACUUUGGUCCCAGCUCUCUGCAGGUCAUUCACUAGGUCCCCCCGUGUGGUUCUGGGAUUUUUGCUCACCGUUCUUGUGAUCAUUUUGACCCCACGGGGUGAGAUCUUGCGUGGAGCCCCAAAUCGAGGGAGAUUAUCAGUGGUCUUGUAUGUCUUCCAUUUCCUAAUAAUUGCUCCCACAGUUGAUUUCUUCAAACCAAGCUGCUUACCUAUUGCAGAUUCAGUCUUCCCAGCCUGGUGCAGGUCUACAAUUUUGUUUCUGGUGUCCUUUGACAGCUCUUUGGUUUUGGCCAUAGUGGAGUUUGGAGUGUGACUGUUUGAGGUUGUGGACAGGUGUCUUUUAUACUGAUAACAAGUUCAAACAGGUGCCAUUAAUACAGGUAACGAGUGGAGGACAGAGGAGUUACAGGUCUGUGAGAGCUAGAAAUCUUGCUUGUUUGUAGGUGACCAAAUACUUAUUUUCCACCAUAAUUUGCAAAUAAAUUCAUUAAAAAUCCUACAAUGUGAUUUUCUGUAUAUUUUUUUCUCAAUUUGUCUGUCAUAGUUGACGUGUACCUAUGAUGAAAAUUACAGGCCUCUCUCAUCUUUUUAAGUGGGAGAACUUGCACAAUUGGUGGCUGACUAAAUACUUUUUUUCCCCACUGUGUGUGUGUGUAUAUGUGUGUAUAUAUAUAUGUGUGUGUGUGUGUGUGUGUGUGUAUAUAUAUAUAUAUAUAUAUAUAUAUAUAUAUAUAUAUAUAUAUAUAUAUAUAUAUACACACACACACAGCACAAUAGUUAUUUACACAUGAGAAGUGGGAAGUUCCACUUUAAAGGGAUAGUUCACCCAAAUUACAGAUAGUUAAUGUCUCUUUACCUUGACACUUAGUCUGUGGGCAAGAAACUUUUUAAUUCACUCUUCAGAUUUUUCAUUACUUAGCUCCUGUUAUCAACUGCUAAUAUUAGCAUUGAUAAAAAACAAUAGAAGUGAAGGUGGCGUCUUGGAUGUGAAGGGGACAUAGGUUUAAAAAAAAUCAGGCAUUAUUGUCUUUCCUGGCCCAACUUUUAUUUACAUUUAGUCCUUUGGAACAACAAUUACUAUAAACAUAUAGAUAAGGUAUGCGAGUUGUUUAGAUUAAUGAAAUGUGUUCACAUGUGCUUCAAAGAUCUCCACCCCCAUUCCUGAGACCUGAGGCUGCAGAAGGACAGGGUUUCAUUGGGGUUUCCUGCUGAUUUAAACAUUAGCCUUCCCCAAAGCUGCCUCCCACACAAUCUGCCUACACGGCUCCCUCACACAGCGUCUGCUAGCUCCGUCGCCCUCACCCCAGCAAUCUGCCUACACGGCUCCCCCUCACCACAGCGCUCGCCUAGCUCCGGUCCCCCUCAACCCCAGCAAUCUGGCUAGACCGGCUCCCUCACCACAGCGGUCUGGCAAGCUCCGCUCCCCUCACCACAGCAAUCUGGCCUAGCACCGGCUCCCCUCACCACAGCAUCUGGCCUUUGCCGCGCUCCCUCACACAGCAAUUGCCUGCACCGGCUCCCCCUCACCACAGCAAUCUGGCCUAGCACCGGCUCCCCCUCACCACAGCAAUCUGGCCUAGCACCGGCUCAGCUCUGGCUCCCCAUCUAAACAUGUCAUCGUGCUUAUAUAGAGUGGAUGGGCUCUACUCACCUGCAUCCCUCCCCGAUUUGAGAUCAAUCCAAGGGCACCGCUCCUCGCCUCUCCAGGCAUUGCUUGAUGGACUCACUCUCCCUGUCUCGGAGGCUGGUGUCACGGCCAAUCAGUCAAAGUCACUGGCCUUUAAUAGGACCCGGCUUUUAACUGAAGUCAGACGGUGUACUCAUCCAGCCGCUAUGACAGCUACGUCUUUGAUAAACCCCCCCCCCCCCCCCCACCGAAUGUUAUUUUCAUCAUCGCAUAAUGACUACAUUUAACCCUCAGUAUACCUAGCCAGUAUGCAUAUAUUCCUCUCUUUUAAAACAGGUGGGCAAGUUCUAAUGAUGCUGGAAUUGAGUGGGGUUUUGGAAUUGAUCAUCUUCAGACUGUUGUAGCUGAAAGCAUCCUGUCCGAUAUUCGCUUGCUAUCACAAGCACAUGUUCCUAACUUCCUCUUUUCUUCCUCCUGCAGAUCGAGUGCAUGGUGGCUUCAGAGGUUAUGCAGAGACACAAGAAGCUACAGUUUGAGAGGGGUGAGUGGGAGAGGAACCGAUCUGUGACAGCCUCACCACUCAUAGCCUGGUGUGUGUGUGUGUGUGUGUGUGUGGCGUGCGCGUCUGUGCGUCUCGCUCGCGUCCGUGUGUCUACUCUGGUCACAGGAGCCCCACCUGGCUCCCUUGUCUCCACACCAUUUCAAAGUGACCAAGAGGACAAUGACAACCCUCUACCUUGUCAUGUGUGUACAGCCUUUGGCCGCUCUCUCUACAACAUCUCUCAUUCUUUACCUGGACUCUCACAGUCUCCAGUCCUGGCGGACUGUCACCUGCAGUACUGUCUCAAUGUCACACAGGAUUAUCAUCAGUGUCAUUCCCAAUAUCAGAAUGUUUGGCCUGUUGGCUGACCUAUCGUGUCCUGGCUUCAAUCCUGUCUCAAUCCUAAUCAAAGUUGAACACGACCCACAACCACAGAGAGGAAAGCCUUUUCGGGUGCAUUUAAAGUGAUGUUAAUUGGAUUGGUAUGGCUACAGUGCAUUCGGAAAGUAUUCAGACCCCUUGACUUUUUCCACAUUUUGUUACGUUACAGCCUUAUUCUAAAAUGUAUUAAAUAAAACAUUGUCCUCAUCAAUCUACACACAAUACCCCAUGAUGACAAAGUGAAAACAGGUUCUUAGAAAUUUUUGCAAAUGUAUUAAAAAUAAAAAACAUACCUUAUUUACAUAAGUAUUCAGACCCUUUUCUAUAAGACUGGAAAUUGAGCUCCGGUGCAUCCUGUUUCCAUUGAGCAUCCUUGAUGUUUCUACAACUUUAUUGGAGUCCACCUUUGGUACAUUCAUUUGAUUGGACAUGAUUUGGAAAGGCACACACCUGUCUAUAUAAUGUCCCACAGUUGUCAGAGCAAAAACCAAGCCAUGAGGUCGAAGGAAUUGUCCGUAGACCUCCGAGACGACAGGAUUGUGUCGAAACACAGAUCUGGGGAAGGGUACCAAAACAUUUCUGCAGCAGUGAAGGUUCCCAAGAACACAGUGGCCUCCAUCAUUCUUAAAUUGAAUAUGUUUGGAACCACCAAGACUCUUCCUAGAGCUGAAAGCCACUCCUCAGUUAAAGGCACAUGACAGCCCCCUUGGAGUUUGCCAAAAGGCACCUAAAGACUCUCAGACCAUGAGAAACAAGAUUCUCUGGUCUGAUGAAACCAAUAUUGAACUUUUUUGCCUGAAUGCCAAGCAUCACAUCUGGAGGAAACCUGGAACCAUCCCUAUGGUGAAGCAUGGUGGUGGCAGCAUCAUGCUGUGGGGAUGUUUCUCAGCGGCAGGGACUGGGAGACUAGUUAGGAUUGAGGGGAAAAAAUGAACGGAGCAAAGUACAGAGAGAUCCUUGAUGAAAACCUGCUCCAGAGCACUCAGGACCUCAGACUGGGGUGAAGGUUCACCUUCCAACAGGACAACGACCCUAAGCACACAGCCAAGACAACGCAGGAGUGGCUUCUGGACAAGUCUCUGAAUGUCCUUGAGUGGCCCAGCCAUAGCCCGGACUUGAACCUGAUCGAACAUCUCUGGAGAGACCUGAAAAUAGCUGUGCAGCAACGCUCCCCAUCCAACCUGACAGAGCUUGUGAGGAUCUGCAGAGAAGAAUGGGAGAAACUCCCCAAAUACAGGUGUGCCAAGCUUGUAGCGUCAUACUCAAGAAUACUCGAGGCUGUAAAAACUGCCAAAGGUGCUUCAACAAAGUACUGAGUAAGGGGUCUAAAUAAUUCAGUUUUUUAGUUUUAAUAAUACAUUUUCAAAAAUCUCUAAAAACCUGUUUUUGCUUUGUCAUUAUGGGGUAUUGUGUGUAGAUUGAGGGGGGAUGGGGGUGGGGGGUGGGGACAAUUUAAUCCAUUUUAGAAUAAGGCUGUAAUGUAACAAAAUGUGGAAAAAGUCCAGGGGUUUGAAUACUUUCCGAAUGCAAUGUAUAUCAUGGCCUACAGUAUGUCUGGCUGGGGAAUAUUUUCUCUCAAAGCCUUUAAUCUUUGGUCCCAGUGUUCUGUUAUAAAUUCAUCUGUCAUUUACACAUCUCCAUAUGGCUUUCGGGGUCACCUUAUUUUUUUUUUUGUUGUAAAUAUCUUUUUUUAAAUUGCAGCUGCAGAGUUUUAAAACACUUGUAUAUUGUUGCUUUAAAUCAGUGCACAAGCGAGCACUCUCUCGCAGUCUUUCUCUCUCUCCAUCAAUUACGUUCAAAUUGCAUCCAAAAUAGAUAAUCCUGUUCAAGAUUGAUAUAUAGGCCUAUAUAUAGAUGUCCUAGACUACCUCUUUCAGGUAAUACAUUCAAUGCAGUAUUAGCCUUAUAUUUAGCUAAUGAAUGAUGGGUUAUGCUUAAAAAGCUUCUAACUUAUAGCCUCUGUAGAUCUUUCUAUACCUUUCCAAUGUCGUAAAAAGAAAAACCUCUUGUGCAAUACACAUGCACCUGUGCUCCGCUGGCCUCUCGCUGUAAAAAACGCUCAUCUUGGAGUCCCAUGCAGGAAAAGCUAGACUAGAAUAGCAUGCUGAACUUUUUUUUUUGCUCUUCGUAUACCAAUAGACUAUUCGAAGAGGGACGCAAGCUCUUGUUUGCUGAAUGUUAAAUAGAGCAGCCAAUAGAACUCACGGGUAGUUUGAAAGAAGAGCGAACGCUCGAUGACGGUAGGCUAUAACAGUUUUUUUAUUCAGACCAUAAACAUUCUCGAAGUGAAAGCCUUCAUCUUAUUCUAGUCCUAUAUUAUUCAAGCAUGUCAUUAGAAUGAUGAAGAUAAGGACAACAAAACGUAUUUCAUUUAACUGUUGAAAGCGAGGAAGGAAGCAACACUAGAGCGAGAAAGAGGUAGGCAGGCUAAUAACAUUAGGGGAAAUAUUCUAAAAAAUGAAAGUCAAAUUCUCUAGCCUAUACUUGUAACUUUGUAGGCCGCAGGUGCUGCACCAGAAACGCAUGUUCUCUUCUGCUUUAUAAUGGUUUGAACGAUGUGCGUAAUUCCAGUCCAUAUAAUACAGUAUAAUACAAUACAGUACAGUAAUACAGUUCACACUCAAAAGGAUUAGCCUACUGGAGCUAGUUUCAUUGAUUUACCCAAGAGAGCAUAUAGCUAGCUACAUCUAUGUGCUUUUAUGUUUUUCUGUCGUGCAUAAUGUGCAGUAGCCUAUAUAUCAUAUAGCCUAUGUAUUGGAUAACGGCACAAUCAUUUGGGAUUUUUGGGGCUUGGGCUCAUGAAAUGUCUUUAAUGUAUGGCUAUUUAAUCAGGCUCAGGUUGCAUCAGGCUUGAAUUUCUUAUCAAAGCUCUAAUCAAAUCCAGACAUAGGCCUAUUUAUAUGCUUUAUAAUGCUUUUGAAUGACACUUCCGGUUUUGGCGGGAAAUACUGGGUUACCCGGGUGAAAAGUUAUUUAUUCUCGGGAUGGAACGUUUUUUUGUAAAAUAUCUGGAAAAUAUUCAACCCUAGUGUGCAUGCAUACACAUACAAACACACACACACACAAUAUGGUGACCGUGGCCACAUUAGAUCCCCAUAAAUGAGUAGAAAUAUUUAAGAAAAGCCAGGGAGAUGAGUGGAUAAAGGCAGUCAGCCAUCUCAUCAACUUUCCAGGCCAGCCAGGCAGAAUAGCGUCUGAAACCGUUCCAUAUUUGACAGAGCCAAAGACUGCAUGUGGAAUUGCGUGCAAGCAAGGGGCUGUCACAUUGGACACAAGCAGUGUGUGUUUUCGAUUGGGACAGGAUGGUCGGGUUUGUUUUGUAGCGACAGACCAAACUUUGAGCAUCUACCAGUUUUGUUUAGUUUGGUAGAAGCAAAUGUAAUUUAAAUGGAGAAAAAUUGAAGGGUAUUUAGCUGCCGUGUUAUGAACCAACUGAAGUAGAUUUGUGUCUGUGUGUGCGUAUGUGAACUUACACAUGAUUGGGAGUUUGUGUUUACGUCAGUCACAAUUGUGCUUGUGAGUGCGAUUGUAUGUGUACUUGUGCAUAGGUCAGAGUGCAAUGUAAGAAAAAAAUUGACAAACCAAACCAAUCUCACUGUACACACAUACAUGAAAGAAGACAACAAUCAACAAUAAAGUAGUAAAAAAUACAUAGCAAAAACAAUCCAAAUACUAUAAUCACAUCAUUAAUAUCUCUGUAAUUUCUGCAAAAAGCCAUUGCAUUGAAUGUGUGUGUUGCCACAAUAUUUUAAUGUGCGUGUGUGACAUGUAGAGACAUAGGCACUACAAUCACUUAUGACCUCAUGACCUAAUGUCAACUCAUGUCAGCAUGCUUUGGCAGCAGUCACCAUACCACUACCACACAAGUGGGCGGGGGUUACAGUACUGUCUGUUGGUGGUGACACCUGAUUUUGUGCCACCACAGAGGUGCUUCUGGACCCGUGUCUGACGUGGUGCCCGUCGUCGUCGUGCCAGUCAGUGUGCCAGCUGAAGGAGACUGAGGUGGCGCUGCCCCAGCUGGUGCAGUGUGCCGUGUGCACCCUGGAGUUCUGCUCGGCCUGCAAGGCUAACUGGCACCCCGGGCAGGCCUGCCCACCACAGGAGAACAACCUGCCCAUCACCGCCUUCCUACCUGGAGAGACCAGGUAUGGAAGUGGACAGUCUCCUCUAGGGUUGGACGUUAUACCGGGGUAUUUGGAAAAAGCCACGGGAUGAUUUUUGAAUAACGUCAAUACUGUUUAAACUAUUUCUUUGAAGUUUUUUAAUAAAUAUGAGUAUUUGUAGCUGCUUUUAAGUAAAUACCUGCAGUCAACUUGUGCAAUACGUUAGGAGAUAAAGAAGAUUGCGUUCUUCAUUUCACCCCUCCCAUUAUUAUGAAGCUUACGGUAGUCCCCAACGACGAGAGACCAGGGCCUUGUGAGUCACUCACUGUUGUGCAGCACGCACCAGGUGAUCUAAUUACAGUAUGGAAUUCACAACUGUUUGCCAGCUAGAAAUCUUAACUAUUAAGUUAACUGUCUAAAAUGUGAUAAAUGCUCUGCAGUUGUGCAUUUGGUUUGCUAAUUUAGUAGCUAGUUAGCUAUCUAGCUAAGUGGUUAGCUUCUUCCAAAAUCAAGCAUUUACUUGGUAACAGCAGAGAAUCCCCUCCUUGAUCAAGAGCCUUGCUGGUUAAAAUUAGUUUUGUGCGUACAGCAAACUGUGAGUAGCGUUUUUUUGUUACUUGUAUAGUUUAGGUCAGAAACUGUACAAAAUGUUUGCAAUGCGCUCGUUAGCAUUUAGUUAUCAUUCUCUAUGGGAUUUGACAUGUACUUGUUAGCAAUGCUAACAUUUGGAUUACAGAGUAUCAGUGAUCCUUGUGUUCAGUGCCGGUAUUACUGAAUAUCCCGGUAUGGCACAAAGUCGGUAUGACAAUCUGGAUAACGCCCAAGACUCUAACCAAGACUCUACUUUCCUCUUUCUCCUCUUUUUCCUCCUCUUUCUUCAUCUCAAUCACUUCCUCUCCUCCCCAACACAUCCUUCCUACCCGUAGAGACCAGGUAUAGAGCUGGAGUUUGUCCUCUUCCUCCUCCUCUGUCUUCACCAUAUUUAAGACACCCUCCAGCCAUCUUUGAACUUUUACUGUUGAAAAGCGAUAUCCCAAGUAUAAAUACAGUCAAGUACACACACUAAAGGGUAAAAAACAUAAGUUUUGAGCAAAUUAUUUUUUGGGGGGGUUGACAACUGAAAUCUUCAAGGAGUAGGGCAUUCGAGCCAGAGUUGGUCUGAUGGGAUGUCGUGAUGUCAUCGGCCUCCCCUGUUGCUUGAGGAGCAAUAGAGAACAAAAGAGGAAAGCUCACCCCUCCACAUGUGCCAUGUCAUGACAUACCUGGACCACCUAUUGUUUAGUAAAUAUGGGUGUUAAAUGAGGUGAAAAAGAGACUGGAGUGCCACUUUAAUCACUCUCUCCUUUCCAUCACCUCAAACUAGUUGAAUAGGGUUACACUCGUGACCACUGAAUGACAUUUCAUCCCAAAAAGCAGCACUUGGGGCCUUAUUCAAUCAACCUGCGUAACUGGCUUUAAUAAGUUGCUGGAAACAUGGUUUUGUUGAGAGCAUAAACAUAAGUUUGACGGGAAUACUGUUCUUGUUUUGGAAACCCUGGUGCCAUUAUCCACACACACACACACACGUACACACAUAUUCAUUGUUUCCUUCUCAUGUUGAUGAUCUGCCCUCAUCUGUCCUCUCUACUGAGGACACUGUGAGGGCACAGCCUCUGUCCUCUCUACUGAGGACACUGUGAGGGCACAGCCUCUGUCCUCUCUACUGAGGACACUGUGAGGGCACAGCCUCUGUCCUCUCUACUGAGGACACUGUGAGGGCACAGCCUCUGUCCUCUCUACUGAGGGCACAGCCUCUGUCCUCUCUACUGAGGACACAGCCUCUGUCCUCUCUACUGAGGACACUGUGAGGGCACAGCCUCUGUCCUCUCUACUGAGGACACUGUGAGGGCACAGCCUCUGUCCUCUCUACUGAGGACACUGUGAGGGCACAGCCUCUGUCCUCUCUACUGAGGACACUGUGAGGGCACAGCCUCUGUCCUCUCUACUGAGGACACUGUGAGGGCACAGCCUCUGUCCUCUCUACUGAGGAUACUGUGAGGACACAACCUCUGGUCCCUGUGGGAACCUGUAUUUACCAUCCAGUCAGCUCUCUGUUCCUGGAUACCAGCCUAGUGACCGCUGUUGAUGGCUCCAGGAAGCCUGCUGCUCUCAUGCAUAACCCUAUGGCAUGAAUCAUGUAGUAGUCUCUAGUCAUCUAGUACAUUCUAGUGGAUAUUUAAUAUGACUGAGUGUAUUGGCUGGAGCAGAUUGCCUGAUGGUAGUGCUGGGACCCAUGGUGUCAGUUAAGAGCUAUGGAUGCAAGUACUAAAGUCACAGAGGAAGUCGUACAGGGAGCCAGUAGAUCAAUUUAUGACUGUAACUCAUAGCCAAUCUGAAUUUGGACGAGUCAUCUACUUAAAACUAUAGGAUGUGGUGGCCCAGUUUUAAAGCCAUCUAAAAGUAGAGCGAAGGGGAGAGAGUGUUGUUGAGUUGUCCUCAGAUGUCACAAAAGGCCCCAGUGGUUCAAGGGAAUGUUCAGGAUUUUACAAUUUAAGUAGUCUAUGGGCCAGGAGAAAACUGUAAUCCAUGGUUCGGUUUUCUCUAAACAGCCACAACAAACUUUAGCUAAACAUUUUCAAAAUUCCAUGGCCAAAUCAACUCAAAUCAGCGCCACAUUUAGUUUGAUGCUACUUAAAGUUUUUUUUUUUUUUUUACAUGCACACAUGCCCCCAUCACUUCCAUUGAUUGUUAGCUAGGGGUGGCUAUAGUUAGCUGAUGUUUGUAUUGGCUGUUUAAAUAAAAAUAGAACCAUGGGAUUACAGUUUUUCCUGGCCCAUAGACUACCUUCAGGUUGGGGAACCAACUAACAUCCAGUUGUAAAAUCCUGAACUUCCUCUUUGAAGCGGCAAUCAGCAGUUGAAACAAUAACAAAGCGUAUCCCUGCCCCUGUUUCGGUAAAAAGCUGAGGGAUGGGGCUGGAGAAAUGUAACCACUCUUAAAUUCAUAGACAGAGCUAUGGAUGCAAGUACUGACCAUCCAUGAUAUCAAAAUGGUAGUUUUAACCAUGUUUUACAGUGUUUGUUUACAUUUACAUUGUAUACAAACAGAGUAAAACAAGCUUAUUUUGGUUUCUCAUGGGGUAUGUAUGACAGCUCAACUAAGCUCAUGAGGCAUUUAUAAUUUAUAUUCUUCAAGAAUCAAUGGGUACAUUUCAUUUAUCCAUCCCAAAAUGGAUGUAUCAGCUGCAGAUUGCCCCUUUUAAACUCUCAGCCUCCUCUCUUACCCCCGCUGUCAAGACUGUAUGGCUUUUACUGUCAUGCUUCAGUUGUCUUAACAACGAGCUCUGGAGCACAUUCUUCCUUAUCCUCUCUCCCCUCGGAGAGUGUGGGAGGGAAAUUAGCCUCCUAAUUUGCAUGGCCUCCUCUUACACUAUUAGCCAGAUCUGCACCCAGCUGACAUAUGAAGCAAUUAUCACAAAGGGCAAAUGUUAUCCUCAGUGGACCGAUCCCAUUUUGCACUGAGCUUGCUGCCUUUCGCUGAUAAUAUUUGUUUUAGUUUCACUCCGUUGCCAUUGCUCAGACAAAACAGACAUCAUUCAGGAGAAAGAUGCUCUCUCCUCAAUCCUCACACGAUCCAGGUAUUUUACCUUAUGAUCUUGAACCUGUAUUCCAUUACAUUCAGGCCUCCAUCCCUUUCCUUCCAGAGUAGAAGCUAGAAUCCGAAAGUCCUGUUUUGUUGCAAAAUGGCUGCCAGGGUAUCAAAUUAAGGAGGAAGUGAGAGGUGUGCCUUAAUUCACUCUGGCCAUAUGGGAUCAAUAGCCGGAGAAUUGGCUCAGGAAAUGAAUGGGCUUGUUCUGUGUCCAGCUCUCUGAGACUCUUGAGAGGACAUCUGACAGCAUCACCUGCUCUCCUCCUCUCUGGCCAGAAGAGUCAGCAGCAUUCAAAAUGGAGAGAAAAUGCCUGCCUUUAAGGUGAUGAGGGGAAAGAAAGGACUGAAAGGAGUAGGAAAAAGAAAGGCCAAGACGAGCACACUUUGGCUUUUUCAUUUUAUUUGCAUUGCAAGUGUUUAGGGGAAAAUGCUGUUUAUUGCAAGCUUGGAUCUAUUGUACAGUUACAAAGGCUAUAACAGCUCUGUGGCUUGAUGCACUGUAUGGGUGGAACAUCUCUGGCUGCGUUCUGGGUCUCUGAUGUUUGUUAGCAUUAUUCAGCAAAAUGAACGUUGCGCUCCUCUCUCUCUCUCUCUCUCACACUCACUGUGUCUCCUCAGCUCCUUCUACAAGAGUGACGAUGACGACGGUCCCAUCAAGCGCUGUCCCAAGUGUAAGAUGUACAUAGAGAGAGACGAGGGCUGUGCCCAGAUGAUGUGCAAGAACUGCAAACACGCCUUCUGCUGGUACUGCCUGGAGUCACUGGACGUGAGUAGAGAACCCUGUCUCCCUCACACACACGCCUUUCUGCUGGUACUUUCUAGAGUUCCUGGACGUGAGUACAACGUUGUCCCAAUGUUUGCCCGAAACACCUCCGCACAAGUACUGCUACAACAUGCUCACGUUCUUAUAGAAUAAACACACGUAUCUUUGCGAAUGAUUUUUUUAUUUAGCUUUACAGAGUAUGUUGGACCUGACUGCAAUACAGCAGUCUGAUAUUUGCAUAGAAUUCACUCGUUCUGGUGUUAGCAGUGAUUCAAUGUGUUACAUAGGGAGUAACAGCACUGCAGGAGGUGUGAUAAGGCUGCAAAUCAAAUGUUAUUUGUCACAUGCGUCGAAUACAACAGGUGUAGAGCUUACAGUGAAAUGCUUACUUACAAGCCCUUAACCAACAAUGCAGUUUUAAGAAAGAAUACCACAAAAAAAAACAGUUGGCCAAAAAAACAGUUGGCCAUUUGAUUAGAUGUUCAAGAGUCUUAUGGCUUGGGGGUAGAAGCUGUUUAGAAGCCUCCUGGACCUAGACUUAGCGCGCCGGUACCGCUUGCCGUGCGAUGGGAGAGAGAACAGUCUAUGACUAGGGUGGCUGGAGUCUUUGACAAUUUUUAGGGCCUUCCUCUGACACCGCCUGGUAUAGAGGUCCCAGUGAUGUACUGGGCCGUUAGCACUACCCUCUGUAGUGCCUUGCAGCCGGAGGCCGAGCAGUUGCCGUACCAGGCAGUGAUGCAACCAGUCAGGAUGCUCUCGAUGGUGCAGCUGUAGAGCCUUUUGAGGAUCUGAGGACCCAUGCCAAAUCUUUUCAGUCUCCUUAGGGGGAAUAGGUUUUGUUGUGCCCUCUUCACAACUGUCUUGGUGUGCUUGGACCAUGAUAGUUUGUUGGUGAUGUGGACACCAAGGAACUUGAACCUCUCAACCUGCUCCACUACGGCCCUGUCGAUGAGAAUGGGGGGUACUCGGUCCUCUUCUUUUUCCUGUAGUCCACAAUCAUCUCCUUUGUCUUGAUCACGUUGAGGGAGAGGUUGUUGUCCAGGCACCACACAGCCAGGUCUCUGACCUCCUCCCGAUAGGCUGUCUCGUCAUUGUUGGUGAUCAGGCCUACCACUGUUGUGUCAUCGGCAAACUUAAUAAUAAUAUGCCAUUUAGCAGACGCUUUUAUCCAAAGCGACUUAGUCAUGCGUGCAUACAUUUUUGUGUAUGGGUGGUCCCGGGGAUCGAACCCACUACCUUGGCGUUACAAGCGCCAUGCUCUACCAGCUGAGCUACAGAGGACCACAUUAAUGAUGGUGUUGGAGUCGUGCCUGGCCAUGCAGUCAUGAGUGAACAGGAAGUACAGGAGGGGACUGAGCACGCACCCCUGAGGGGCCCCCGUGUUGAGGAUCAGCGUGGUGGAUGUGUUGUUACCUACCCUUACCACCUGGGGGCGGUCCGUCAGGAAGUCCAGGAUCCAGUUGCAGAGGGAGGUGUUUAGUCCCAGGGUCCUUAGCUUAGUGAUGAGCUUUGAGGGGACUAUGGUGUUGAACGCUGAGCUGUAGUCAAUGAAUAGCAUUCUCACAUAGGUGUUCCUUUUGUCCAGGUGUGAAAGGGCAGUGUGGAGCGAAAUAGAGAUUGCAUUAUCUGUGGAUCUGUUGGGGCGGUAUGCAAAUUGGAGUGUGUCUAGGGUUUCUGGGAUAAUGGUGUUGAUGUGAGCCAUGACCAGCCUUUCAAAGCACUUCAUGGCUACAGACGUGAGUGCUACGGCAGUCGUUUAGGAAGGUCACCUUAGUGUUCUUGGGCACAGGGACUAUGGUGGUCUGCUUGAAACAUGUUGGUAUUACAGACUCAGACAGGGAGAGGUUGAAAAUGUCAGUGAAGACACUUGCCAGUUGGUCAGCGCAUGCUCGGAGUACACGUCCUGGUAAUCCGUCUGGCCCUGCGGCCUUGUGAAUGUUGACCUGUUUAAAGGUCUUAGUCACAUCGGCUACGGAGUGCGUGAUCACAGUCGUCCGGAACAGUUUAUUUUAUCUGUGCUUGUAGGAAGAUAGGAGGCUUUACUGGCAGUGUCUUAAGUAAAUCCUCAUUACAGACCACAGGCGAUUUAUACUGCACUGGCCAUUUUAAAAGCAAUUUUCUCCCAGCAGCUGCCUCUGAGUACUAAUGAUAGAUAAUUAUUCUCUCUCUCUCUCUCUGUCUGUGAUGUCUGUGUGUUUGUGUGUGUUUUGCGUAUGUGCAUGUGUCUCUGUGUGUGUGACACAGGAUGACUUCCUCCUGAUCCACUUUGACAAAGGACCCUGUCGAAACAAACUGGGUCACUCCAGGUCAUCUGUCACCUGGCACAGAACACAGGUAAGUUAGUGUGUUAGCACACUCAGUGUUCUCCUUUGGAACUUUCCUUUCGCUCUCUCUUUCACACACUGGACUUCACGUGUUCAUCAUGAAUACACAUGGAUGGUGCUCUGUAAAAACACUGGUCGGUAGAAGAGCACAGGUUGGUUCGUGUGUUGGCCCAUUAUUGUUGGUUAGAACAUGUCUCUGGCAUUACAUUGCUAUCUUCUACGUAAUUUCCUUUCUAUAAUAUGUGUACAUUUGCUAUUCACUGGGACAUAGUAAAGCUUUUAGUUUGGCACAAAUAGAGAGAUAGUCAGUCGCAACAUAUACAUUACAUAGCACAUGCUAUACAUUGGAAAAUCAAAGUCCAUAUGUCCUUUAGAAUUGUUAUUUUAAUAUUGAUUUAAUGCAACAACAAAAAAAUGAAUCAUCUUACAUCACCAACUCAUUUUUCAGCUAUAACUACAGUAUCUUCAAGCACAUAUCUAUUCAUAGACGAGCACAUUUCCUGUGUUUAAUAGAGUAUUGUGACUGCUAGCUUACACACUGACAUCUGUUGCCCAGUGUGACAGGCUGAGUCAUGAGCAUGGUUACAGCUUGUGUACCUCCUGUACCCAGCCCAUACAAACCUCACUGCUUCCUACCCAGCCCAACAAACCUCACUGCUUCCUACCCAGCCCAUACAACCUCACUGCUUCCUACCCAGCCCAUACAAUCCUCACUGCUUCCUACCCAGCCCAUACAACCUCACUGCUUCCUACCCAGCCCAUACAAUCCUCACUGCUUCCUACCCAGCCCAUACAAACCUCACUGCUUCCUACCCAGCCCAUACAAACCUCACUGCUUCCUACCCAGCCCAUACAACCUCACUGCUUCCUACCCAGCCCAUACAAUCCUCACUGCUUCCUACCCAGCCCAUACAAUCCUCACUGCUUCCUACCCAGCCCAUACAAUCCUCACUGCUUCCUACCCAGCCCAUACAAUCCUCACUGCUUCCUACCCAGCCCAUACAAACCUCACUGCUUCCUACCCAGCCCAUACAACCUCACUGUUUCCUACCCAGCCCAUACAACCUCACUGCUUCCUACCCAGCCCAUACAAUCCUCACUGUUUCCUACCCAGCCCAUACAAUACUCACUGCUUCCUACCCAGCCCAUACAAUCCUCACUGCUUCCUACCCAGCCCAUACAAACCUCACUGCUUCCUACCCAGCCCAUACAAUCCUCACUGCUUCCUACCCAGCCCAUACAAUCCUCACUGCUUCCUACCCAGCCCAUACAAUCCUCACUGCUUCCUACCCAGCCCAUACAAACCUCACUGCUUCCUACCCAGCCCAUACAACCUCACUGUUUCCUACCCAGCCCAUACAACCUCACUGCUUCCUACCCAGCCCAUACAAUCCUCACUGUUUCCUACCCAGCCCAUACAAUACUCACUGCUUCCUACCCAGCCCAUACAAUCCUCACUGUUUCCUACCCAGCCCAUACAAUACUCACUGCUUCCUACCCAGCCCAUACAAUCCUCACUGUUUCCUACCCAGCCCAUACAACCUCACUGUUUCCUACCCAGCCCAUACAACCUCACUGCUUCCUACCCAGCCCUUACAACCUCACUGUUUCCUACCCAGCCCAUACAAUACUCACUGCUUCCUACCCAGCCCAUGCAACCUCACUGCUUCCAAAGACCUUAAGAAACCUGUCGCUCUCUCUAACUCCUCAUGAAUACAUAACACAGCCAGGGCCCUUAUUCACAAAAGGAGUGCUGCUCUAGGAUCAGGUCCCCCCCGUCCAUGUAAUCAUAUUCAUUGUGAUCUAAAAGGCAAAACUGAUCAUAGAUCAGCACUCCUACUCUGAGACAUUUUAUGAAUAAAGGCCCUGAUCUGAUAGGGCAAAUCCAGCCUUUAUGAAAGCUCAGCCGCUGUCUGACUUCAGAUCAGUUCUGGGAUUGUGUCCACUAGGGAUGCCAUAGGAGGAAUGAAGGUCACCUCUCUGGGCUUACUGUUCUACUCUCUGGGCUUACUGUUCUACUCUCUGGGCUUACUGUUCUACUCUCUGGGCUUACUGUUCUACUCUCUGGGCUUACUGUUCUACUCUCUGGGCUUACUGUUCUACUCUCUAGGCUUACUGUUCUACUCUAUGGGCUUACUGUUCUACUCUCUGGGCUUACUGUUCUACUCUCUGGGCUUACUGUUCUUCUCUCUGGGCUUACUGUUCUACUCUCUGGGCUUACUGUUCUACUCUCUGGGCUUACUGUUCUACUCUCUGGGCUUACUGUUCUACUCUCUGGGCUUACUGUUCUACUCUCUGGGCUUACUGUUCUACUCUAUGGGCUUACUGUUCUACUCUCUCUAGGCUUACUGUUCUACUCUCUGGGCUUACUGUUCUACUCUCUCUAGGCUUACUGUUCUACUCUCUGGGCUUACUGUUCUACUCUCUGGGCUUACUGUUCUACUCUCUGGGCUUACUGUUCUACUCUCUGGGCUUACUGUUCUACUCUCUAGGCUUACUGUUCUACUCUCUGGGCUUACUGUUCUACUCUCUGGGCUUACUGUUCUACUCUCUAGGCUUACUGUUCUACUCUCUGGGCUUACUGUUCUACUCUCUGGGCUUACUGUUCUACUCUCUGGGCUUACUGUUCUACUCUCUAGGCUUACUGUUCUACUCUAUGGGCUUACUGUUCUACUCUCUGGGCUUACUGUUCUACUCUCUGGGCUUACUGUUCUACUCUCUCUAGGCUUACUGUUCUACUCUCUGGGCUUACUGUUCUACUCUCUAGGCUUACUGUUCUCAGACCAGACAUGGUCUAUUCUAUACAAUAGCGUUGUCAGGGUUUGUUGAUAUGAGCAAACAGGAUAUCAUGUUAAUACAUGUAUGCCGGCACCACUAAAUGUUCAUGUGGUGCUCGUCUGGGGAAUAAUGUAAAUAUGAAUAUCUCCACAAGAGGAAGAGAACUGAAACGCCCAAGAGUGGAUCGCAACUAUGAUAUGUAUCCAUGCAUAUGGUGCUCUUUAAUUAAAAGGUCUUUGUCAAAGGGUAUUACGUUAAACCAUCUAGCUGACCGUCAAAAUGGUCAAUUUGCAGUUAUUUUUUGAUGAUAACUAUAUCUCGCUCUCUGCCAUCUUGUCCUUCACAGACAUGCCCUGGGGUGAUCCCAAAAAUGAAUCUCUGACUCCUGCUCUGAAACUGGCAGAAUUGCGUUAUGUUAUUCUAAGAAGGAGAUCUUGCCUGUAAAUGCAUGUUUUGAAUGCCAUUUUGUAGCUGAGGAGAUGUUGGGCUGGAAUCAGAUGCCACCAUGUGGUGAGAUAGGUGACUGAAAAGAAGAGGAUACCCAGCACACACAGAGGUUCAAUAAGGCCAAACGAGAAAAUGUUUUGAGAAGGAAAGUGAAAAUGGCUUGGAGUCUAAUUAUCCUGUUAAGGGAUUUCGCAGAUGCUAGUCCUCUUUUCAAAGUAUUUUCUCUAUAGUGCUACAUGUGUUGUCCUUUUGAUAUUUUUUCUAUGUAUCUAAACAAACAGUGUCUUAUUUGCUGGCGCCUCUGUCUUGUUGCAUUCUCUCACCCUCUUACUUUCUCUCUUCUCCCCUCCCCCUCUCUCCUCUCCCUCCCUCUCCCCCUCCCUGCUCUCCCCUCUCACUCUCUCUCCUCUCCCUUCCUCUCUCGAUCUCCUCUCUCUCUCCAGGUGGUGGGGAUCUUUGCUGGCUUUGGCCUGCUCCUGCUGGUGGCCUCUCCCUUCCUCCUCCUGGCCACACCAUUCAUCCUCUGCUGCAAGUGCAAGUGCAGCAAAGGAGAUGACGACCCCUUUCCCACC